AUGAUCACCUCGGAGCUUUCAGUUUUGCAGUAAGUACAGAAGAUUACCUUUCAUAUAUGCAAGGAUACAGAACUGUGUUUACCAUAUUCCUUGUGAUACAUACAUUCCAGUGAAUGUCCUGUCAAUAUGUUUACUUUUCCUGGUGUACAAAUAAGUUAAAUCUUUUACUUGGUUUUAUUUGGUAUAUAGCAUAUUAGCACUUGGAACCCUACAUUAAUAACUCAUUAUUGAAUGACACUAUUCUACUAUGCAUUUCCUUUGCAUUCAUUAGAAGUAAUUCUAAAUUGACAAAUGUUCCAUUUUUUUUCUUCCAUAUCUAUCAAAAUAUUGGUCCUGUUAAUUUAGGAUUUGAACUGUAGACUACGUCAAUACUUUGUCAAUCAUUUUACCUGGCUUUGCAUCAAAGGAGACACAGUGUACAAAAGUUGGGAAAAAUAUAAACAAAAUAAAAUCCAUGUAAAGUUCUUAAAAGAAUCUAUAUAAUUAUACUUUUAUAAUAUAGAAUUUUACUUUUUAUUUAGGGAUUCUACAAAUGAAAGCUCAGCUGUACACACGGACAUGACAGCAGUUACAGAAAUGAGCACAGAACUUGUAGAAGAUAUUGAGGUUAAAGGAAAGCGAAAGAGAGGCCGCCCUGGAAGACCGCCGGUAUGUAACAAAUCCACUCUUUCUUCUCCCACAGUUUCCAUACACCCAGUAUGCAGUGCAACACUGGACAUUGUAAAUGGAUGACCAUUUUGUAUUGUCCUUUCGCUUUAGCUUUCAUUUCCUGACCCGUGGAAUUGAGAUGACAUUGUUAAUUUGUGUGAUUGGGUUACAAUGAGCAUACCUUCCCCCUCCCCCACCAGUUUGUUUUUUGGUUGUUUUUUUCUGAGAUAUUUGAAUUUGAUAGGAACUCCUGGGGAAGGACAGAGUUAAGAGCUGGAUAGCUUCUACCUAGUUUACUUUAGGUAUCACCUAGGGGAUACACAUUUUAUCCUAAAGUUAUCAGUUCUUGCAGCCCAGAUUUAGCGAUUUGUUUGAACUUGUUUUGACUUCUGAGGGUGCGCUGUUAGUACUACUAUUUAAUAUCCUUUGUGAACCCAAACGCUUUGACAUUUAACGUGAACUUCUAACAAAACCCCAUCACGUUCUUUGCAGUGUAUAUAUUUUCUUGUUUUAGAUAAGCCCUAAUUACCUUUUUUUAUGCAUUUACAUUUUAAGUGUUUUAGUAUAUUUUAGUAGGACUAUAGAAUUCUGAAAUCUAUUUUGUUUUUCAGUCUGCCAUCAAGAAACCAAGGAAAACUCCUGGUGAACGGAGUCGUGGCGAACCAGGUGUUAGAGGUCGUGGGAGAGCUAAUGGACAUCCUCAGCAAAAUGGAGAGGGAGAUCCCGUAACCCUGUUUGAAGUUGUAAAGAUAGGAAAGAGUGCCAUGCAGGUUAAAAAAAAUGCACUAUAUGUUUUAAGUAUUUAGAAUUAUCUUAAAAGGAGACUCUAGACUGGGAGGGCCACCAUAUAUUUUUUUUUUAAAACUAACUCCGGCAAGCUGAAGCAGCAGACUGCCCCCUACCUGAACAUGAAGGGACUCCACUAACCAAGAAUCUCUAAUUCUUACCAGUCUUCUGAUCUGAAACUCGUCAUAUGAAUGGUAGUGCUCAAUAAGUUAAUAGCAGCUUUGUUCAGUUUUAUGUACUGGGCUGUAGACAGCACUCUCUUCAACUACUCUCUUCUGACCACUAGCACCAAGCCACAGCUUGGGAUCUGAGAGCUAGUAAGGGAAGGUCUAUCCUAUCUAAAUACAAGACUUGGACAGCAAAGGAAGGAGGAGAAAAUCCUCUGAAAUCAGAGGUAGAAUGGGAGCAUUGCUGUAUAGGGGCAGUUACCUAUUUGCACCACGACCUAUGGAAUGUCUCUGGUUUUAUUGAAAUAAAGGUAUAAAACUAAAAGCAUUCAGCAAGUGGUUAAUAGGAUGCAAAAUAUAGUCAUAAAAACCUUGGAAUAAAAAAAAAUUCUGAUCCAGGGGGAAAAAAACGUGUAUGGUCAGCAACACAAGGUUAAUAACAAGCAAUAUUAGGUUGAUACAGGUUACAUGUGUAAUUGAAAACAUACUGCUUAAUAUUGCCAGUAUUUAAGCAAAUAAACAGUAAUUAAGUGUUUGAACAAAAGUCUGGUAUUGAAGAUCUAAAGUACAAUCAUAGGAUGGGGCAUUGUAUACAAAAUUUGUUCUCUGUGCUGGGGUGCUCUCAUUUAUAUUCAAUUACAGACUCUAUUCAAAAGUAUGAAGCUGUUUGGAUUUGAAUGUAUAGAUUUAUUGCUACCUUACUUGCAAGCAAAAUAAAGUUAUUUUGUUUCUUCGACAUGUUCUAUGCUUUAUGUAUUAUUUUUAAUAGUUCUUUUAAGUUUGUCCCUUUCAGGCAUUCUGAAAUGGACUUUAUAAAAAAAAAAAAAAAAUGUUCAGUUCUUCUUAAUAUAAACUUUGCUUUCACUAUAAUCUAUUCCAUAAUUAUGCCUUUUUAUGGGAGGAUCAAAAGUUUAAGGUGUUUCUUUUUUUUUCCGUCUAAGUAAGCAAAAAAAAAAAAAUAUAUAUAUAAAUAUAUAUAUAUAUAUGUGUGAAAGAAAACAUAUUUAAUAAUGCAGCCAACAUCCAACUUAUAGUUAAACUGUAUUGAUAUUUAUUGAUAUGCACAUAACCUGUCAAUAACAGGUUAAAAUCUUAUUUUGGGCCACAUUAAUUUAAGCAUUGUUUUUUUUGUUUUGUUUUUUACAGUCUGUAGUUGAUGACUGGAUUGAAUCAUAUAAACAAGACCGAGACAUUGCCCUUUUGGACCUGAUAAACUUCUUCAUCCAGUGUUCAGGGUGUAAAGGUACGUUACACCUUCACAUGGUUUAGAUUUACUUUCUUCCAGCUUCUGGGAGUAGACCCAAAGAUGGUUCUUACUAGUGAUUAUUUAAAACUCUGUUCCUGUUUGUUGUGAUCUAAAGAAAUCAACUUAAAGGACCACUAUAGGCACCCAGACCACUUCAGCUUAGUGAAGUGGUCUGGGUGCCAGGUCCAGCUAGGUUUAACCCUUUUUUUUUAUAAACCUAGCAGUUUCAGAGAAACUGCUAUGUUUAUAAUAGGGUUAAUCCAGCCUCUAGUGGCUGUCUCAUUGACAGCCGCUAGAGGCGCUUCGGCGAUUCUCACUGUGAUUUUUACAGUGAGAAGAUGCCAGCGUCCAUAGGAAAGCAUUGUGAAUGCUUUCCUAAGGACUGGCUGAAUGCGCGCACGGCUCAUGCCGCCCGUGGCUGGAGAAAGGUCAAUUUAACCCCUUCCACCCCCUAGAGCCCUGGGGGUGGGGGGCACCCUCAGGGCACUAUAGUGCCAGGAAAAAAAGUAUGUUUUCCUGGCACUAUAGUGGUCAUUUAAAGUAAACCAAUUUAUUUUGUAAAAAUAUAUGCAUGCAUUUGUUUGGAAGGACAGUGUGAAUAUAUAAAAAUCCUUAUUAGAUGCCAUAUAGCACCUAUCAAUUAAAUUGUUCUAAAACUGAUACCUUAUUUCAAUAUAGAUGUAUUUUUGUUGGCUCUAACACACUCUGUUAGGAGUAAGUAUGCGUGUGUGUAUAUAUAUAUAUAUAUAUAUAUAUAUUUAUUUAUUUUUUUUUUUUAAAUCUUUUUGUGUACAGGUACAGUAAGAAUUGAAAUGUUCCGAAACAUGCAAAAUGCAGAAAUCAUUAGAAAAAUGACAGAAGAGUUUGAUGAGGUAUGUCGCAUGAUUCUUAAUUACAGUGAGUUUAUUAAGAUAUCCGCAGUCAGACUCUGGACCCCUUUAUCAAAAGAAGGUUUUAUGUACAAUGCGAUGAAGGCAAAAUAUAGUUCUGGAAAACUGAUGCUUUUUCUGUGCAAACUCUGCAGUGGACUAGUCUUUGUAGCAGUGACUUCUGAGACCUGCUGUUUUCUUAGACAGCCAUACAAAGCAAAUUAAAUGUACUUUGCUUCCCUUUGCAGCACAUAAUUUCAUAAUUUUAACAUAAGCUGCAAAAAGUGUACUUCAAUGAUUGCCAUGUUUUGUUCUAUUUUAAAUGCUGCUUUAGACUUAAUAUUUGGUCCAUUAUAGAUAAUUGGUGAACUUAAAACAUUUACUUAAAAGGUUACUUAUUCUUAAAAACAUUUGACUUUUCAGAGGAAAAAAAUAUCGAGAGGACUGUGUUUUUAUUUAAUCCAGAAUCAACAUCAUCUUGGGGGAAAAAGGGGAAAUCUAAUUUUUUUAUGACAAUACCUUUAAAUGCCCACUUAAUUUUCAAUGGCUGCUUUUUUUGGUCCAGUCUUAUGAAUUCGAUAUGUAAAAAAUAAAUGUGAUGUGUAAGUACAUGGCCAGGUGUAACCAGGCUUUUCCUGAUUUAAUUUCCUUCCAGGAUAGCGGAGAUUAUCCUCUGACAAUGCCUGGCCCUCACUGGAAAAAAUUUCGCUGCAACUUCUGUGAGUUCAUUGGUGUGCUAAUCCGGCAGUGUCAGUACAGCAUUAUCUAUGAUGAGUACAUGAUGGAUACAGUCAUUUCACUGCUGACAGGUCUAUCUGACUCCCAGGUCCGAGCGUUCAGACACACAAGCACACUGGCUGGUAAGAGUUAAUUUAUUGUAUUGUCCUCUCUUACACCAGACAGUGCUCUGAUUUUGUGCUACAGUUUUCUAAUGUUACGUAUUAUGGUGUCUUGCAAAUUAUCAUCCUCAUUUUAUACAAUUCUCUGUUGGUCAAUAAACUCCUGUUUAGAUCAUAUUCAUUUAACUGAAAUUUGUAUGGACAGAACUGCAAAAAUCCUCCAACUCUACAAUUGUGACAUCUCUGUCUUUUGAACCUGAAGUUUGCAGUUUGGAUUUACAUUAACUACAAUAUAGUAUUUAGCAAAUUAACCCCAAUGUCUUACAUGGAAAGGAAUGUGAAAUUGCAAUUAAAGGACCACUAUAGGCACCCAGACCACUUCAGCUUAAUGAAGUGGUCUGGGUGCCUGGUCCAUCUAGGGUUAACCCUUUUUUCUAUAAACAUAGCAGUUUCAGAGAAACUGCUAUGUUUAUGUUAGGGUUAAUCCAGCCUCUAGUGGCUGUCUCAUUGACAGCCGCUAGAGGGCUUCCGCAUUUCUCACUGUGAAAAUCACAGUGAGAAGACGCCAGCGUCCAUAGGAAAGCAUUAUGAAUGCUUUCCUAUGGACUGGCUGAAUGCGUGCGCAGCUCCUGCCGCGCAUGCGCAUUCAGCCGAUUAGGAGAAGAGCUCCCCGCACGGCGCUGGAGAAAGAGGUAAGUUUAACCCCUUCCUCCCCCCAGAGCCUGGCGGAGAGUAUGUUUUCCUGGCACUAUAGUGGUCCUUUAAAUACAGCAGCUAUAAUGAUGUCGCCAAAGUAAAGCAACACUAAUACUGUAUUCUGAAGAGAGGCUAGGCCAAGUAGGUUGUUGGCUUGUUGUAUUCCUCCACAUUUGCUAACAAUCUGCUUUGAUUGGGAUUUUACACACGCCAAAUCUCCCCCAAUGCUUCUUUAAUACUUCUCCUGUGUAUUUUACAAACACUGAGUUUGUUUGCAUUGUCCAGAGGGCUAUCUUCCAGUCAAAUGUUCAAUGGUCAAUUAUUUGACUUGUGCAAUAAAAUGAUUUAGUGCUUCUGGCUUUGUUGUAGGGAUCGACCGAUAUUGAUUUUUUAGAGCCGAUACCGAUAAUCUGUGAACUUUCAGGCCGAUGGCUGAUAACUUUACGAUAUUCUGUACAUUUACCAUUUUGAAAAAAAAAAACUAUUUCUUAAGAUAAAUGAACAAAAUAUACAUGCCUCAUGUUGUGGAUGCAGUGUGUUUAGAUAGGGGAGCUGUGUGUUUGUCUGGUGGAUGCAGUGUAUUUGUGUAGUGUGUAUAUCAUGAAUGCAGGGUGUGUGUGUGUGUGUGUAGUGAAUGUGGUGGGUAGUGUGUGUGUGUAGUGAAUGUAGUGAGUGUGGUGGGUAGUGUGUGUGUUUCUGAAGGGUUGUAAUUUGUGCAAAAUUAUUUUAUUUUUAAUAUUUGUGUUUUAUUUUAUUUUUUGUUCCCCCUCCCUGCCUGUUUCCUGGCAAGGGUGGGGGGCUAUGGCAUCCCCUGGUGGUCCAGUGGCAUGUACUAAGCAGUGGGGGCCCGCAGCAACCUACUACUUACCUUUCCCGCAGCUCCCCUGGGUAAAUCUCGCGUGGCAACACUCUGACGGCUGCGGGACUCGUGAGAUUUACACAGGGAGCUGCUGGGAAGGUAAGUAACAGCUUGCUGCCGGCCCCCCCAGGACCGCCGGGCUUGUAAUGAGCCCAGCGGUCCUGGUCUGUAUUAUCGGCAAUAUCAGUAUCUCUAUUGGCCGAUACUGAUAUUGCUGAGAAUACCGAAUAUCAGCCGAUAAUCGGUCGAUCCCUACUUUGUUGCUUAACAUUUUUUGUGCAUAGUGUGUUACAAAGAAUGUUUGACUGUUGAUUAGCUACCUAUUUCCAUUCUGUCAUUAAUGUCAACAUACUUCACUGACUGGUACUGAUGCACACGUUGUCAGGUUUAACUUUUUGUUUUCCUGCUGGCAACCCUGUUAACUUCCAUGGAUAUAUUUAUUAGUACUUGACACACUUCAAUAACCAAAUGCAUUCUGCUUCUACUGUUACAUUGAUAUUCGUGACAAAAACGUGAGAGUUUAUCACGUGACCCAGUGCACCUAAUAAUGAACGGAUUGUUUUGUUUAAAACAAUCAGAUGGCAGAUCCUCCAUAUCUACUCGGCAUAUAAUUAUAGUUGUGUUAACUAGAAAACCAAAAAGAAACACAAAUAUUAUUGAAAUCACAUUUUGAAGUAUAUUGACAGUGCUCGUUUGUAACUGUAUUUAAUGUACAGUAAACUAAUGUAUGUUUUCUUAGUUCUGCACACUUGCCCCCUUUAACACGGCCUUUCAAGGACAUUUGCAUCUGUUUAUAAUUUAUUCCCUGAAGGAAUUCCUGUCUAGUGGCUCAUAGCUGUAAUUCUGCCAAGAAGAGCUCUUCAUCCAUUACUGGAGAAUAAGGCUGGAUGUACAUUCUUGCAUCACCCACAGCACAUUGGGUGAUGGAAUCAAAAGUUUUUUUUCUCUCUACUCCCUUUGCUUAUUAGCUGCAGAUCAGUCUUAAGCCUUAUAUUGGGGUAACUCAUGGGGUAAUGGAAUAGAGGAGACUGUUAAGAAGGUCCCUCUUGGCUGGUGGGUGGUUAAAGGAACCCCAUCUUAUUUUUUCCCCAUCCCCAAAAAUUGAUGAUUGGUUUCUCUUCAAAAUUGUAGAGGUGUACAUUUUCGUGAAAAGACAAAGGGAGAUCUAGGGGUUCAUUUUUCACAUUUCUAUUUCAAUUGGUUUUGCCUAAAUAUGCUAAAACUUCAGUUAUUGCCCGGCACCCGAGAAAGUUUUGAAUAGCUUGGUAGGUUCCUUAUGAGUACAUUAAAUCUUGCAUGUGUUAUCAAUAAAUGCAAAUAUUUUGGGGUUUUUGACUUCUGAAAACUUCUUCAUAUAACAUUCUAUCUCCUCAAAUGAUAACAUGAUUCUGGGUGAAUUAAUUGCCAUUAAAAACUGACUAAUUUUAAUAGGAAUGCAAUGUGAUUUAAAUAAUACUCUCAACAGGUGUGAGGGUAUUCAAAUUUGAAAUUGUGUGGGAGGGGGUAGUCUUAAAGAAAUGUCCAUCUAAUGAAAAGCCAAAGUAAUUUCUGGUCAUUAGGUACUUUUCUUUUUUUUUCCUUUUUCUUUUUUUUUACAUAUCUGAGUGCGUCUUACUUGACCUAUGCAAUAUAAAUGUGUACACAGUCUUGCUCUUUUAUUGUGUGUUAGUUCUUGAAGGCAUUAUGUAUUUCUGUUCUACACACUGUAUACUAGAUGUUGACUACUUAUUCCACUUUUUAUAUUUGACCUUAAUGUUUCUCAAUGGUCAGGUUUUAUUUUGCAGGUAGUUUUUAACUUGAAAUCGAUUUGUCCACGCUGAGCUAGUGCUUUACAAUGUAACUUCUCUAUUGUGAUAGUUAUUCAGGAUAUAAUACAGUUAUCAAUUUCUUUAGGUUGCUGCCCCACACUGGUAAACUUUAUAAUUUGUACUGUAUUUCCUUCUGUAGUUCAUUUAGCGAGCAGUUGAAAUAGUAUAUUCUCUGUGUGAGGUCCACAAUUAUAGUUUAUGUAGCAACGCUUUACAAUAUUAAAGCGGGAUUUUUGAAAAAAAGUGUUUUGUUUUGUUUUUUAAUUUUUUAUUGAGAUGGCAUACAACAAAUGAAUUACAUUGAUCAGCAACAACAUUAAAACCACUGACAGGUGAAGUGAAUAUCAUUGAUUAUAUAAUCACAACGAAAAUGGGCAAGUGAAAAGAUCUGAGUGACUUUGAUAAGUGCCAAAUAGUGAUGGCUAGACCACUGUUUCAGAGCAUCUCUAAAACAGCAAGUCUUGGGCGUUUUCUUGCAUGCAGUAGUUAGUACAUACUCAAAGUGGUGCAAGACGUGUUCAUGGGCAUUCAAUGCUCAUUGAUACACAUAGGUAAUGAAGGCUAGCCCAUCUGGUCCGAUCACACAAAAGAAAAAAAAAACUUAAUGCUGGCCAUGAUAGAAGGUGUCAGAACACACAGUGCACCUCCGUAUGCUGCAUGUGAGGUCAGUGUGCCCACGAUGAUACCGGUCUAACAUUGAAAGCACCUUCAAUGGGGACGUGAGUGUCAGAACUGUGUUCCCGAAUAGCAGUGACCUCUUUCAGCAAGGUAAUCCACACUGCAAGAAAUGUUCAGAAAUGGUUUUAAGAUCAUGUCAAAGAGCUCAAGGUGUUGCCUUGGCCUCCAAAUUCCCUAUAUAUCUGAUUGAGCAUCUGUGAGAUGUGCUGGGACAACAAAUCCCAUCCAAGGAGGCCCCACCUCUCAAAGGACCUGCUGCUAAUGUCUUGGUGCUAGUUACCACAGGACACAUUCAGGGGUCUUGUGCAGUCUAUGCCUUGACACAUCAGAGCGGUUUGGCAGCACAGGUGUACCUACAAGAUAUUAGGCAGGUGGUUUUCAUGUUCUGGCAGAUCAGUGUAUACAUCAUAGAUGUCAUCAGACACGCAAAUAGCCCUUUUCAAUUAUUUUGUAUUCCUAGCACUGUUGCUUCCCUUUAAAGGAACGCUAUAGUGUCAGAAAUACUAACGUGUAUUCCCGACAAUAUAGUUUUAAAAUUACAGUUUAGGUAUCAGGCCACCGUCUGCUAACUUUAAAGGGUCAUUCUGGACCCUUAAACACCUUUAGCUUGCUGAAAAUCUGUGUGAAGAGUGUGCCCUUUUUUUUUUUUUUUUUUAGUUUUCAAAAAGUGCAGAUUUCAAUAAAAAUUGAAUGAAGCAGUGUUUGCAUUCCUGCCUAGUGACACCUUUAGUGGCCGUCACUCAGACUGCCUCUAAAGUGCUUCCUAUCUCAAUGCUGCAGUGUGCAGCACUAACAUUCAGCGUCUACAUUACCUUUAGAGAUGCUUUAAUUCAAUGCAUCUCUAUGAGGAGAUGCUGAUUGGCGCAGGGUUUGGCUGCACAUGCACAAUAGCUUACCUAUGCUUUUCAUAGGAAAGUAUUAGGAAGCUAUUGUGCAUGCACUGCAAAACUUGAGAUUAUCUGCCUAGAGGCAGAACCAAGAGUAGCAAGACUGGCACAGAGUGGGAAAAAAAGGAGUAAAAUCACAAUUCCUAUGCAAUUGGAGGGGGGCUAGUCACCUAAACACGUACAUUUAAAUUAAGUCUAUGUCCACCCAACCUUUGUUAGAGCUGGAGUGGAUCGGCUUUCCUUGGGUUCCAAUUGCAUCCGGCUGGGGGAGAGUGGAGGCAGGAGAAAGAACUGUUGCACAACGCUUAGUAAUGCCGGAGAAGGAGGAGCCAUUGAGCGAUGCUUAGUGAUGCCAGGGCCAAAAUAUGACAUCAUAGUCUGUCCACUGCAUCAGCAAUUGCUGCGCGAAAGAGCAUGACGGGUAGAUCAUAGCUCCCUUGCUACCGGCCUCUUAGGGAACUAACACUCAUCCCAGACGACAGGACAAAAUUCCUGGUUAUCAUGGCGACCUGGUGCCUGGUUUUUGUAGAGCCCUGCUCUGUCCAUGUAACCUGAGCAAAAUAGUAGAGAAAUAAUUAGCUCUGUGAUCUUUGCUGCUGAUCUGGAGAAGUGUAUUAGUGGAAGCUUCCCAGUAUCUGUGCCAAAGUUAACCAAUACCCUCUGUGGGCAUAGCAUAGUUCUUAAAAUGAAAAGACAGCCAGGUGCUUGGUAUCCUGAGUGUAGGCAUGUGUGUCAAGUGGUGACGUAGAAGACCCAUUGAGUGUAGAGGCAGGAAAGCAUUGCUCCUUCAUUAAUUACCAAUACAAAAUGGCCUCCAGAGGCGUAUGCUAGGUCAGCAUCGAUACUUAAAACUUCCAGCAUAUUGGCGCUUCGAUCUCAGAAUUAGUGCAUGGGUCCAGUCAGAGCUAACUCUCACAUGCUGGGAAUGUUCAGAUACUAAUUGUCUUGAUAAAAAUUCUGCAAACACCUUGUAUAGUUGAGACAUGGUUGUUGACCUUUGACUUCGGGAUUCAGAAGAACAUGUUGAGAAUAUGCGUUGUCACCAUCCCACUCAUCAGCGCAAUUUGAUUGGAGGGAUGCCAUCAUAGCAUAGACUGGGAUAGCCCCUGCUGGUCCUACAGGAGACAGGGUUUGGGGGUGGAGCAACAGGGCACCAAUUGCACACUCAGAGAUUUGGGUUGCUCCAACUAGGGGGAGCAGCCGCCUCUCCUUCCACAAGUCUCAACAGGCCUCACAUCAUGCAGACUAAUUUCUGUGGUAACGUCAGAGUAUAAUUAACAAUAAAUAAGAUCAUUUCAAAAUGUUACAGGAACAGUAGGUUGAUGAGAACCUUGCUCGAAAGCGCUUACAAUCUACAAUCUGCUCUUUAUGUGGUGUGAUGAGUACAUUUUUCCAAAGAUUGAAUAUUUUGAUGCACACCAAUUUAAUUAGGGUAGAAUUGGAAGCAAUAUCCAAAACACUAAAGGGUUUAAAACCUGAAACCUCGGUUUACAAACGCUUCGGUUUACAAAUGAAAAUCCAUUAACUAAAGCCUCGGUUUACAAUUUUUUUCGCAGUACAAAGCAGUUUCCCUAGGAUGCAUUGCGCCUGGGAGGUUUAUAGCGCCACCCCCAUGCAUACUGGAAUCUGUUGGUAGCACGUGGCUUAGAGUGUGGAGGUGUUGGAGCGGCUUUUGCAUCGAGUUUUGGAACUUUUUUUGUGCAUUUCUCAAGUGGUGGAAAGGUAGGGAGCUACCAUGAUUUCCCCAUGGGACCCGCGAGACAUCGCUUGAUAAAGUCGGGGGGUUCCCACGACAAGGGAAACUCCUACAAUAAACAGCAAAUAUAAGUCAACACAAGACGACUGACACAACCGAACAUUGAGACACCACAUCACCCCCACCCAAAGGGGGAAAACACUCCAGACACACCACACAAUUACCGCCCACAAGGAAGCAAGACGACAGAGGCAACUAAACACACCACUGAGCAUCCCCCCCCCCCCUUUUAGAAUGGCAUCGCCUCAUAAUUGAGGAAGGGACGCAGACUCAGAACGAGAGGGUAGAUGACCCAGGAGAGAACCCACAACAUACCUAGGCACCGCUGAAGUUAGGGAAAGGGCAGACAGACCUGGUGCAAGACUAUAGGACCCAGUCCCGCAAAACAAACCCCUCUCUCACUCCCCACGUUAGAGGACGUGACCUGGGACCUACCGCACUAUUAACCAUUUGAUUGGGGAUCAACUAUAGAACCCAUUUGCCCUUAAUGUUGUGGGCCAGCAACCCUCCGCUUACAAUAACGCUAUAUAAAGAUGCACCUAAAACCUGUGGUACUCAUGUAAGAUGCAAUUGGAGACCUGCGAGUCUCACUGACAAUAUCUGCACUGCUUUCUGUUACUAUCUGAACUGCUAAUAAAAACUAUAUUUACAAAAAAAGAAAGGUAGGGAGCUGAGCUUGGUUGUUUGCGUGCCUUUUACGGUGUAUUCUGCAUUGUGGGUUGGUUUCCAUGCCAGCUCAUUUUUACUUUUUUCUGACCUCCAGAACGGAUUCAUUGGUUUGCAAUGCAUUCCUAUGGGAAAUCGCGUUUCGGUUUACAAAUGUUUCGCAAUAAGAAAUGUGAGAACGCAUUAACCCCUUAAGGACCAAACUUCUGGAAUAAAAGGGAAUCAUGACAUGUCACACGUCAUGUGUCCUUAAGGGGUUAAAUUCAUAAACAGAGGUACCACUGUACUUAAAGUAACUGGCCAGAAAGUAGAAUGUAUAUGUAAGUUUUAAUUAAUUCCAGACACACUACAAAUGAUUCUGCAUGUUCCCUUUAUAUGAUCGUUUUCUUAGAACUUUCGAUUCUGUGAUGGAGUACCCAGUUUCAAGAGGUUCAUUAUCGAUAGAUUUAUUACUGAACUAUUGAUCUAGGGAAAAUGCAUCUGAAUUUUCCCUUUUCACCAAUGCCUAUGUCCCCUCCCCCCCUCACUUUAUGAAAGGAGAGUUCGUGUCUUAGCAGUGUUAGUGUGUUUUUCCUUCAAGCUAAAAAAUCGUUAGCUGUAAAAUCAUAUCUGCUUUUAAAUAUUCGUGACCAUCAAGAAUGGAGAAUUUGGUGUUCCUUAACAUGUUUAUUUGGGAUUAUUGGCACACGUCUGCAGGAUAAUUGGGGCUUAAAAAGAGAAUCAAUUGUGGCUUAUGCCUUAGUCUUGCUUGUCAUUGUAUCUGGUAUAUUGAACAAUGUAUCAUUUAUUCAUUAAAUGGUCCUGCGUUUUUAGCAAUGAAGCUAAUGACUGCAUUGGUGAACGUUGCUCUGAAUCUGAGUAUUCACCAAGAUAACACCCAGCGACAAUAUGAAACAGAGAGGAACAAGAUGAUUGGCAAGAGAGCCAAUGAAAGACUGGAACUGCUACUACAGAAAAGGAAAGAGGUAAGACAUUGCACAAUAUAGCAUUCUAACAACAUAUUGUGUCUUAGGACUUUACUGAAAAAAAAUAUUUUGUUCUCAACAAUUACAGAAAAGGUGAAAAAAAUAUUUUGUUCUCAACAAUUACAGAAAAGGCUGGCAGAGAAUUAUAAGUAGUCUAGUUCAUAAACAACAUGACGGGAGUCAUCACUGAUUUACACUUUCUUUAACCCUCUUUGGCCUAUUCUCAAAAAAGUGUAUUCUAUACAUGUAUACGAACUGAAAAGCUGAAAUAUUCUAGAGGGCUGGGUCAAUAUUUAGGCAAAGACUAUUUGCUUUUUGAGACCAUUAAAUUUCAUUUAUUUGGUAGUGCAGUUUGUUUUUGCCAAUAGAGAUAUAUAUUUAUCUAUCUUCAGGCUGCCUUUUGGUUUAAUAUUGGAGUCCCUGCUUUAAAGUGUCAGCUAGUUCUGUAGAUGGAAACACCAUGGGAUAAAAACAUGUUUAGUUCUCAGUCGAUACUUGGAGUUUGAUUCAUGCCCCUAUUACUAUCAUAUUACUAUGAUUGCUAACGGCUACUGUUUUAGGCUAUAGUAGGUAAUUCAUUUACCAUGGGAGAUCAGAGCAUUUGUGAAAUCUAGACAGGUGUCUCAUGGUUUUCUGUCUGUAACAAACAGUGAUGUGCAACCAGAUGUUUAAAAUGCUUGACUGACAUCCACAAGCCAGUUGCUGCAAAAUAGUGUUUUGUACGUACGUUUGUAUGUCACAUUCUAAGAGACUGUACAAAGGAUGUGAGAACCAAGUCUAAUACAAACUGUAUAAGAAAUGCCUGCUGAAUGUAUCUUUUUACUGAACUGGUUGGUAUAUGCACUGGUUUUUCAGAAAAUACCAUGAACCGUCUCAAGCUCUUUGAAUAUCCUUGUAGGAAAAUUUCUUUCUCUUGUAGUUUAUCCUGUAAAUUGCUUCUUUUUUUCCCCCAUAUGUACUUGUCAGCUUAGAUUGGUCUGAAUUUUCUCAUGGCAUAAAUGGAAGGAUGUUUUGUUUAAUAUUUAAUAAAGUAGCAGUAUACAGUCAAAUCUUUUUUUUGUAACUAGUAUUGCAUUAUCUAAUAGUAUUGGAAUAUCUGCUACCUACUUGUCUCAUUCAAUCUAUUUCUCACACACCAUUCUAAUGUAGUAAAAUAACCAAAAAUAGUCUAACCACUCAGGGUGGUGGGUGUAUGUAUGUAUAGAGAGAUGUUUUGUGUCUGUUUUUUCAAACACCGCUCCACCUAUCCCAAAGAAUAAGUGGAAAUGCUCUGUAAUUCCUUGGUUAAGCUGUGAUGUGAGUGCGGCGUGUAGGCAUUGCAUGCAAACUUUGGGUAAAAUUGACAUAGCCAACCCAGAAACUAUACCAAAAAAAGUGUAUAUAAGUAAAAAUUCCCUUGUAUAACAAAUAAUGGAGUGCUAAAUUUAAAUAUAAUAGUGCAAAUUAGAGGAAUAAGUAUACCUCUUUAUAUGUAGAUAAAACAUAAACAAAAAAGUAAAAAAAUACAUAGUGUAGAUGGUACCAAUAUAAUGACAAAACAAAAAGCAGGGUAAGGAAUACUCACAUGAACCUGAGUCUAAUAUGUAUGGUUCAGUAUUUGCGCCUUAAUGCUCUUAACCCCUUAAGGACACAACUUCUGGAAUAACAAGGAAUCAUGACGGAAUAUUUCCAUCAUGUGUCCUUAAGGGGUUAAGGUUGAAUUUUACCUCUCCUCUUGGAUGGUGUUCUUCCAAAUAUCAAAAACAGAAAACCAUAGAAAGCAAUCAUGUAAUAUUGCCACAUAAAGUUUAAAAAAAGCGGAAAAGUUAUGCAGUUUCAAUUACCUACGGUAGCUCAGAGCCUAUCAAUCUCUGUAUAACUUGGUGUUAAUUAUUGAUGGAGUGACACUACCCAAACAGUGCUACUGGAACUUGAUGACUCAGAUAGGACUGUAAAGUGCUACAGCUUGUUUUUAUUAUAAUUAUUAAAACAAAUUAAGUUAAUACAUCCUAAAACAAUGUAUGUAAACAAUAUAUAAUAUAUUGCAGUUAUGCAUAAUAGCCCUGCCAAGACGCAUUUUUUUUGUGAGACAUUAUCAGUUGGCAAUGUACGAGUUCCAGUUCUCGAUUCCAAAUUUAAAACACAAAUUGUGUUUUAUUGUGUAAAGAGUUUAAGCGCUACUUACACACUUUGUUCUCUGCGAGGAAACUUUUAUUAACCCAGAAACAUUGACUGACUAGUUGAUUGACAAGAGACAUGACAAUGCAAUCCAAUUAAAAAUGUCAAAUAUCUUGAAUUAGGUAAGAUGUAAAAAUAAAACUUUGCACAGACUAGGUCGUUGUACUUAAAACCACACCAGGAAGCUGAAGUGUUUAGGUGCUUAACUUUUUUUAAUUUUGGAAAGUGUCAGAUUGGAUUUUUUUUUUUUUUUUUUUCAUCAGCACUUGUAUUUCCCUCUUUCUCAUAUAUCCAUGCUACUUUUGCUUUCAGCUCCAAGAAAACCAAGAUGAAAUUGAGAAUAUGAUGAAUUCUAUCUUCAAGGGUAUCUUUGUUCACAGAUACAGGUAAGUCAGUAUUUUUCUAUAUGUUCUUUUACAUGUACAAAAACCGUUGGCGUGUUGUGUUUUAUUUAUCGACAACUUAUGAGUGUAGGUUGUACUUUACAUGUUAUAUUAAGUAACUGCAAUUUUGUGCAGACAGUACAUUUGAUCUAUACCUAAUUGAUUUUCCCUACUGUCAUUGAGCUGGUACAGAAAGUUAGGAACAAAACCAUUUUUAAUCUACAGGCUGUUAUUUUGGUGCGAUGUAAAAUCAAAAUUUAAGGCAGUGUUAAAAACAAAUCAAACAGUGGUAUUGUUUUGCAGGUUCUAACACUUAACCCAGAAUCUUCUAUCACCAUCCAUUGUCUUCACCUUCAUUUCCAUCCUUCCAAAAUAAGUCCUAAUCACUUUCCUAACCCCAUCACAAAAUCACAAUCCUCUCAGGGUCAUGAUAUCAGUACUUCCCCAGUGCCUGAAGAUUAGGAGAUCUCCAUAUAGCAUAAGGUCUGUCAAACCAAUAAUGCGCUGCUGAGGUCAAUCAGGGUUUGAAUACAUGAUCUCCCUUCCCAAUACAUGUAAUGCAUGAAUUGCAUACCAGCAGUACUAUCUCUUGUAAAAUUAGGAAACUGACACACAUGGUACUUAUAGUGUAUAGAGGGAAAAUAUCUACUGUCUAACCAUUUAUUUAUAAUCUAUUUCUUUAAAGGGAUGCCAUUGCUGAGAUAAGAGCAAUCUGUAUUGAAGAAAUUGGAGUGUGGAUGAAAAUGUACAGCGAUGCUUUCCUAAAUGACAGCUACUUAAAAUAUGUGGGUUGGACGCUACAUGAUCGGGUAUGUUUAGAAAAUGUGACUAGAUCUGCAGAGUAUCUCUCCCUCCUCCAGUUUAAAAUAUUGAGGCUAAUAUUAAGUUGUCUAAGUAUUAUGUAGUAUGUUGUCUUCAAGUAAAAGGUUUAACUAAUACUUUACUUCAUAUUGAAAAUCUGGUGAAAAUAUAACAAAUCAUUUUUUUAUUUCAGAGGAGUCCAAAUGUUUUUUUGAAGAUUACCUAAAUAUUUUUAAUGCAAUAAUUUUGUUUUGUUUUCCAUGACCUGCUUAAAUUGUGUGACCAUCAUAUUUAUUAUUGCUUCAAAUUUAAACAAUUUCCGUGCCAAGUUAAAAAUAAUGACCUCUUUGUAUAAUUGUAUCUGACUUAAGGCUCUGCUUCCUCAUUUCUUUCCUAUUUUAGCAAGGGGAGGUGAGAUUGAAAUGUCUGAAAGCUCUUCAGAGUCUGUACACCAACAGAGAGCUCUUCCCAAAACUGGAACUCUUCACCAACAGGUUUAAGGUAUGCUGGAGAAUCAGGAGUGGUGAAAUUUACACUUUUACAAGGAUGCAUGCUUGUUUGCAAAUCAGUCGUUGUUUACAUAGGAAUAAUCCUAUGUAUUUCCAAUAGACUCUGGCACGUCAGAAUGGCUAUGUACUCUGUAAUAGGCAUGCCCUUACAUGUGGCAUGGCGGGUGGGGGCCUGAAGGAAGAUUUGAAUCUCCCUUAUACGAAAUGUGGAUCAUAUUGACCCCCCCCAUUGGCCUAGAAUAUUUAGUCUCUCACUCACCUUGAGGCAUGGGUUGAUUUCGUAAGCUUUGCUCCGCACCUGCUUCUACUUUUUAAAUCAAGUUGCAAGGAAGAAGCUGGUAUUUUUAGCAUUAUCAAUUUUAUCCAAAUUUGGACAACAUAAAAUGACGGAGUAUGUGAGCGGAUAAAGGGCCCCUAUCAGUUAGUUAAGAUUAGAUGGGCCGAAUGGUUCUUAUCUGCCGUCACAUUCUUUGUUUCUAUAGGUUAAAAUGCUCAAAUGGAUUGACAAAGAUCUGUGGCAGAACUCCAGGUGCUCACUGGCACUUAUAAACAUUACAGUGGGCUACAGUGAUAAGGGUGUUUAUAGAGCCCUUUCAAAAAAUAUUUUCAUCCUAAUAGAACAAUACAAACUUAACAGUGUGUGUGCUGGGGUGAUUUGUUUUGAAAGUACAGUUGAUCCUUUUUAUUGCUUCAUAAACCAUGUGCAGGCACGUAUUAAUAUAUAAUUAUCAUAUUGUAGAUAAAAUACAAAUAUGGCUGUAAUAAAAAAUGGUUUGCUGCCAGCACUAAUUACACCCCAUAAUCGUGCAAGUAACACAUGCACUGCUUUUUAUUUGCUGGCAUCUUCUAGGCAUAGUGUAAAAUUAAACAAACACUUAAGCAUGAUAAAAUAUAUAUAAGAUUUUUAAGGCAUUUAUGCUUGCUUGUUUCAGCCCCUGUCCGUGGUACUGAGUGGUAACCGAACCAAUAAUUUAAUAUCGCUAAAAUGGCUUUAGAAAUCUCCAUAUAGCAGUUUAACAUGAAUUUCUAAUAGCAGUACUACAGUAAUUUCUACAGUAAAAUGGUGCUCAUAGCACUUUCUGAGGGUUUUUGGGACUUUUGUCCUGCCAGCCUCUGAUGAGGUGUCUCAGGACCUCUUUAUAUUUGUCCUUACAUAUUCUGUUGAUUAAAGUCCUUAUCACAUGUUAUCCUCAGGGGAUUAAGUCUUUAGGCAGCUGAUUCAAGCCUUUACUAGUCAGCCUUAUUUCGGGUAUCCGACCAGAGCUUCUACUAUAAAUAAGCUUUUCUCUUAUUUCAGAAUAUGCUUUCCCAAAGAGGUUAGCAGAAAAAACAAUAUUAAGCUAAAAAGGAUUACUGAAUAGAAUCGGCCCUCUGUGUGGGUUUUGGUUUCACGUGGUAAUUUUAAUGGAAAAUAUAAGCACACACAGUCGCCACAUUCUCACAACAUUCCAGUUCCAUCAUGUGAAUGUUAGAGAAGCUUAGUUUUUUUUCAAUAUAUAUAUUUUUGUCAAGUCCUAUGCUUUACUCUUUACUAUUUUCUUCCAACUGAGUUUACUACAAGGAUAUAAUUAAAUUUUUUUUUUUUUUUAACGGGAGGGGUUGGGUCUUUAGAAAAGAGUGAGUAGUUUUUGAGGUGUACUGCACGUCUUAAAUAUCUGUCCAGGACAAUGGAGUUCAGAACUGUAACAUGAAGCCCACGUAGUAAGACACUGCCAAUGACACAUUGUAUGUAGACAUUCUGUUAAAAAGCAUGAAUUGAUAGGUUUUAAUAUACAUAUAAAGUGUGGAUUCAGCGCCCCCCAAUGGCUGGACUGAUGUUUGCACACAGACUGGACAUAUAAUAUGGAGUAAUAUUUGCAAGUUAUACAGUACUUUUUUUUUUCUAUACUCAAAUAAGUAUUAUUAUUAUUAUUAUGUUAUUUAUAUAGCGCCAUCAAAUUCCGCAGCGCUUUACAAUGGGUGGACGAACAGACAUGUAGUUAUAACCAGACAAGUUGGACACACAGGAACAGAGGGGUUGAGGGCCCUGCUCAAUGAGCUUACAUGCUAGAGGGAGUGUUAGACUAGUGACAGUUGCAGAAGAGGAAUCAGUCAGGAGCUAUUAACAGUUUAAUUGAUACGCUUUUAUGAAGAAGUGGGUUUUUUUAACGAUUUUUUUGAAGGAGUGGAGACUGGGUGAGCAUCUAACGGAGGAGGGAAGCGAGUUCCACAGGAAUGGUGCAGCCCUCAAGUAAUCUUGAAGGCGAGCAUCAGAGGUGGAAGUACGGACAGAAGAUCGAUGUAAGUCUUCAGCAGAUCGUAGGGGCCUAGACGGGACAUACUUGUGCAUAAGGGAGGAUAGAUAGGUGGGGGCAGUAUUAUGUAGCGAUUUGAAAGCAAGAACCAGAAUUUUAAAUUGAGCUCUAUAUUUUAUAGGAAGCCAAUGUAGGGACUGACAGAAGGGUGAGGCAUGGGAGGUGCGGGCGGACAGGAAGAUGAGCCUCGCUGCCGCAUUCAUUAUGGACUGUAACGGCGCAAGUUGGGAGCACGUAAGACCACUGAGAAGCGGAUUACAUUAGUCAAGGCUAGAAAGGACAGUGGAAUGGACCAACACCUUAGUCGCAUCUGACGUUAAAGGACCACUAUAGUGUCAGGAAAACAUACUCGUUUUCCUGGCACUAUAGUGCCCUGAGGGUGCCCCCAUCCUCAGGGUCCCCCUCCCGCCGGGCUCUAGGGUGAGGAAGGGGUUAAACUUACCUCUUUCUCCAGCGCCGGGCGGGGAGCUCUCCGCCUCCUCUCCCCCUCUUUGGCUGAAUGUAAAUGCACGGCAAGAGCUGCGCGUGCAUUCAGCCACUCUCAUAGGAAUGCUUUCCUAUGGACGCUGGCGUCUUCUCACUGUGAUUUUCACAGUGAGAGGCACGCAAGCGCCUCUAGCGGCUGUCAGUGAGACAGCCACUAGAGGCUGGAUUAACCCUAAUUCUCUGAAACUGCUAUGUUUAUAGAAAAAAGGGUUAAACCUAGCUGGACCUGGCACCCAGACCACUUCAUUAAUCUGAAGUGGUCUGGGUGCCUAUAAGUGGUCCUUUAAGUAGGGGCGGAUGCGCGCAAUGUUUUUGAGAUGGAAAUGACAGGAUUUGGCGAUAGUUUGAACAUGAGGCUUGAAGGAGAACACCUAGGCAGCGAGCUAAACAAAUGAGUUUACCAAGGGAGGCAGUAUAGAUGGAGAACAGUAGGGGACCAAGGACUGUAAAAUAAUUGCACAUUUAUGCAUCUACAAAUUGAGAGUGACCCAUAGAAGAAGACCAAUAAUACUUCAAUAUAUGUGGUAUAGCUAAACCUUAUCUACUGCCCAUGACUGGAAUACAGAUGCACAGUACUUAAGCCAUGGUGCCCAUAUUUCCUCAUAUGUGUUUAAUUUCCCCAACAAUGCCAAUGCAUCUCUUCCAGCAACCUGGUGAUCUCAACCCUUCUUAUCCACUGUUCCCUGGUGGGAGAUCCCUGUAAAUUUCACCAAGUUGUUAUUAGAUCCUUGGCACCCAGUGGAGAGUUUGACUUUUUUGAAAAAAUGUUUGGCUUCCCCAGGUGGAUCUAUGAGGGGGAAAGUAUAAAUUAGUGGAGAGGUUUACACACUAUUCUAAAUUACUUAAUGUCUUUACAACCCCACCAGAUGUCACUCACAGCUGGGACAAUUGAGUGUAAGAACUCAGGGCUUCUAUAUCACCUAAUGAUAAUUUUGUAGGAAGACUCUUGUGUUUGGAGACUAAUCAUUGAGGUAAUUACCAUGCAGUAGAUAUGUGUCCAGUUCCUAAGGUACAAUUGUAUGUGAAGCUCUGUUUCCCAUGUUCUUUGGUAAAAGGGAUGUCGUUGGAUUAAUGCGUAUAUACUAGAUAAUGGCCUUCAAAAAGUGGUUCAGUUAAGAGAAACUGGGUAAUUCUAGUAAAGUGGGAGUCCUGUCCCUCAAAAUGUCAGAAAUCUUAGGGGCUUUAUUCUCGAUUAGAAUAGAGGACAAAAAGUACAUUGUGUAGUUCCCACCAAUCUAGUCAGUAGUGCGGUUUGACUGCCUCCUGCUGGCAAUGAGAGAUUUUUUAUAAUAGGCAUCAACAGUGAGAUAUCUGUGGAUAAUUGCAUAAUGGAGCAGAAUUUCCUCCAAAGUGGUAGAAUGAGCCCAAUUAAAGGGCGACGGUCCCGCCUAUAUGUAGUUAGAGGAGAUGCCGUUCAAUUUAGUGAAAAAUUGUGGUAGAGCUAUAAUUUUCUAAAUCUCCUAUCUCCCUAAGUUGUUUGUUGCAGAGUCCACAAGAGGGACGCAAUUUGCUCUAUACAGGUCCGCUACUGUCAAUGUCAGGUGGACUCCUAAAUAUUCAAUCCCAGAGGUUGCCCAUUGAAACUUAUAGGAAUUUAACAGCGAGGUUCGUACAUAUAUGGGCACAGCUAAUCCCAAGAUUUCACUCUUCUAAUUUACCUUAUUGUUGGAGAGGGCGCCAUCUCUUCACUGACAUCCCAUGGGACUGACUUGGAUUGGGGUUUGAGAGCAGUAUAUCAUUAGCGAAGGCUUGUACCUUUUAUCUUCACCCGCGGGUAUUGUACACCUGAUAUCAUCUGAUUUUCUCCUGUUUGCAAACCGCGUUCCCUCACUAAUACAAACAGUAAGGGAAAGAGUGGGCUUCACUGCCUGGUACUGUUACUAGUUAAAGGAUGGGAAAAACUGUCCAUUAAGAUUGACCUUUGCCUAGGGGUUUGUAUAUAGCCCUCCAUCAACUGCCGAAAUAUAGCCCCAACUCCUAAACCGCAAAAAGAUAAGACCAGUCCAAUCUGGCAAAAGCAUGGCAUUGGUAGGAGUAAUAGUUUAGUGACGUUAGCCCUGUGAAUUAUGUUAAUAAUAUUGGUAGUAUUGCCACAUGCUUCUCUGCUUGGGAUGAAGUCAGAUUGGGUAAAGUGGAUUAGUACAGGCAGGAGAGGCUUGAGACAAGAGUGAACAGUUUAGCAAAUAGCUUCAGGUCGGUUCUGAUGAGGGAUAUCGAUCUAUAGCUACUGCAUGUAAUAGGGUCAUAACAAGCCUUUGCAACGAUCACACCAUUUUAUAAUUUAUUUUUUUUGUUCCAUAUCUUGGAUGUCUGUGUGUGUGUAUUUUCUAUCGAUUAAUGUAGAGAUAUAUAGAAUGUUUUGAUAUGUGUAGGUAUUGGAACUGUUUGAAAUAUUUAUUUAAUCAAAGUAGUAACUAACAGCUCAAUUUAAUAAGCUUUCUGAAUGAUUCAAUACCGUUACAAAAAUGUCCAAAUUAUUUAUCUGCAUAAAUUCCCAUAGACUUUAGUGAUGACUUCUGUGGAUAAAUGACUUGGAAACUAUUCUAAUCGUAUUGAAUCAUUUGGAAAGAUUAUUAAAUUGAGGCCCAAGUGUUAAUUGGCUGUGUAAAUCCAUUAAUGGCUGAGGUCAACCAGUGCUAUAGUUUUAUGUAAUGUAAAUUGGCACUCGUAUUUUCCUUCUUGCCCAUGAAAAUUGGUAGUUGUUACUGUUAAAGAUCUUCGUGCCCUAAAUUCAUGCAUUUAUGGUUUUCUGUUCCAAUUAAUUUCUUUAAAUAGUUCAGUGUCUGACACUGGUCUUAAUUGUAGACUUGAACCAGGGAAACAGCUGUGGUUUUAUUUCGGUUUUGAAAUAGAAUUUUCUUUAUCCUUUUGUGCCAACAUUACUGUAAAAGGUGCAAAAGUUUGUAAGUGCUUUACAUGGUGUCUUUGAUCGUACCUUUUCUUCAUAAUGUAUUAAGAAAUAUCCCAAAAGGAUCCCCUAAUGUUUCCUGCUCUAUCAGAAAUAAGAUGGGUAUGAUAUGGUAGGUUUAUAUAUAGUUCAUAAUUAAACACAAUUUAGUAGCUACGCAACACAUACUGGUAUGUAAAAUAAUGCAGCAAUGACUCACCAUGUCACCAGUAUCUCUGCUGGAAAACUAUGUAUUAUGUGCCCAGGUCAAUGACCUGUAAAUCUUGACUUUCAAUAUAUCAAAUGAGAAAAACAAAUCGUAAUGGCUACGAGGGGAGUACUGGAUGAAUUACUAAAUGUGCAUGGACACAUACCUAAUAAAGAAUUGGCAAUUAGCAAACAUUUCUUUAUUUCCAUGUGUCUUAUUUUUUUGGUGAUAUUUGAGAUGAAGUAUGUGUAAUGAUAUAUUCUUGUUUUUAUGAUAUCUGCAAUUGCUUUUUUACCUAAAUUUUCCUUUUCACUUUUCCAUGUUCUUCGCGAUAACAUUUUGAGAUCACUUAUUGAAACCAUAACACUAUAGUGUCAGACCCCACCUGUAAAAAAGCAUUUUACUUUUCUCCCCUCACAGCACCGGUCUAUGCAGGAAACUCGCCUUGUUGCUGAGAUCAUGGAAAUCAAGGAUCUCUGCAAAUCCAAUGUUUUUCCAUGGCAGAAUAGCUGCGGGGUUAAAACAGGGGAAGGACAGGGUAUCCACACCAUUUUUUUUUUUCUUCUCAGUGAAGUGGUCUGAGUGCCAUGUCCCUGUCAUUUUGAAGACUGCAUGUGAAAACAUUGCUGUUCUGCAGGAUUAAAAUGCAUUGCCGGUUUUAAAUGCAUUUCUAACGUUGCUGCUGUCACUCUGUGAGCCACUAGAGAUGCUAUCAUACAAAUAGAUGAGUGAAACUUGUAGAGACCAUGUGAUUAGUGCUCGUGUGUGACAAAACACUGCUCUGCAAGUCUCCCAAUUCGAUCCUAUGGGAAAGCAUUGGGUUGGCUGAGGUGGGGGUCACCUAACUGGUUAGCAGGGCACUAUAGCGUUGGGAAUACACAUAUGUAUUCCUAACACUACAGAGUUCCUCUGAAGUGCGAUUCUAAGCAACACAACUUCUACAAUUUAGAACCAGUUUAAUAUAAACUGGUCCUCUUCCAAGUCCUCACAAAAUUCUUCUUAGCCGCAUUAAUAACUCAGAAUUUAAAUGUUUGCCUGGACAGCAGUGAUUGGCUGUAGGUGCUCAGGGAGUGUUUCUAAAUGGUUGACUUUAAAGGGGCAAUUAAGGCACCGUAGGUACUGCAAUAAUGAAGUGGUUAUGGUGCCUGAUGUCCCCCAGCACUUUCUUGGCUUCAUGGGGUAAUACGUUUUUGAACAGGUUGUUACAGUAGUUGUUUCCCCAGGCAGCCUUUUGCUGCACUGACUAGUGCAGAAGCAUUAGCCCAAGCAGAGAAAGGGGUGAAGAAUGUGUUGAGUUAAAAGGGUCAGCUGCCCAUUGCAAGUAAUUGUACGUACAAUUUUUAAUCUUCUCUAAAAUGAUGAGCGACCAGUGAUAGGCUGAGAGAAACAGCUGACUUUCAACCUGUGACUGCCGCCCCUUCGCUGCUCAGUUUCCCCCAUUAACCAGAGCAGUAAAGGAGUGUGAUAGUGAAAAAAAACAAUAGUUUGAGAAAAGGCAACCGUUUGAGUCUAAAUUGAAUAUUCAUGGUAUGCUGGAGGACUCUAUUUUUUAUAUCAAAGAAUAUCACAUGGAGAUGUUUUACUAUGUAUCUAGUAUCAGUUAAACAAGUGGUUAAACCCCUAGUUGGGAUUCCAUAAUGAGUCCUCAUGCCAGCUUAGUAGGUCCCCUCUGGUUGAUGCAGCACCUAAUAUUUAUCAGGUCUCUAGGCAACUGCCCACAAUACGUUGUAUUUUGUAGCAGUAAGGUCUUUCCUAGCACAUCAGUCAGUUCAGCUAAUGUUAAUUAUGUUACACAUGAAGUAGAAGAAUUGUUCCCAGAUCAGAUAGUUCAGUUGAAGACCGGAUCACUAAACUGAUGUCAUGUAUUGAAUUUGCCUCUGACACAAAAGAUAAGAGCCAGGGAGUUAAAUGAUAGCAGCAUAGUUCUUAUGCUCACUAGAUCAUUGUUUACUGAUCUGCUUCAUUUAUUCUUCAUUAUUGCUUAACCUUCCAGAUCACACAAGAUUAUCACACUGGAAACUUUAAAGCGUACACACAAUAUAAUUUCUCUACUGUACCCAUCCAUGCUGCUGCUACAUUGUAUGCUUUGAGCAGCUUACCGGGUAUGAAUCUUUACAUUAUUAUUAUUAUUAUUAUUAUUAUUAUUAUUAUUACUGGUAUUUAUAUAGCACCAGUAUAUUCUGUAGCGCUUUUCAAUUUUAUCAAAUGGGGAGAUUUAACAAUAAAUGAGACCAUUACAAAAACUUACAGGAACAAUAGGUCGAAGAGUGCCCUGCUCAAACAACCUUAGUCUAUAGGAGAUGGGGCGUAAAACCAAACAGGACAGGAGGUAGCAAUCAAACAAGGUGGAGUGAAGCAGAGCUGGAGGAUAGAAAAGAGUGCUGCCCUUUAGGAAAGCGCAAGAGACAGGUAUGUUAGGUAGAGGUUACUCUGGGAGGCCAUAAGCUUUCCUAAAGAGAUGGGUCUUGUGGCACUUUUUAAAUGAUUAAAGGGAUACUCCAGGCACCCAGACCACUUCUGCCCAUUGUAGUGGUCUGGGUGCCAACUCCCACUACUCUUAACCCUGCAAGGUAAUUAUUGCAGUUUAUAAAAAAACUUCAAUAAUUACACUCGCAGGGUUAACUCCUCCUCUAGUGGCUGUCUAGUAGACAGCCACUAGAGGACACUUCCUGGUUUCUAGCACAGGAAACCUGUGCUAGAGCUUCACUGGACGUCCUCACGCUGUGUGAGGACCUCCAGUGUCGCUCAUUUCCCCAUAGGAAAGCAUUGAAAUACAUUUUCAAUGCUUUCCUAUGGGGUGCGCUAAUGCGCAUUCGCGCAGCAUUGCCGCGCAUGCGCAUUAGGUCUCCCCGGCCGGUGGGCGGGAUCAGUCUCGCCCACCGGCUGACGCAAUGCACCCCUUCAGCAACCGGGGAUUGGCGGGUGGGAGGGAGAGGGGAUCUGCAGUGCCAGGAAAACGGAUUGUUUUCCUGGCACUGGAGUUUCCCUUUAAAGACUAAGGGAGAGCUUGAUGGUCGUAUGCAGGCUAUUUCAAAUGAAAGGAGCCGCCUGCGAUAAGUCCUGCAAGCGUGAGUUGGCUGUAUUGGUGCGAGCAGUAGAAAGGAGAAGGUCAUGGGCAGAGCGGAGAGACCCAGAAGGGGCAUACCCGUGGAUCAGUGAAGAAAUAUAGGAGGGGCUAGAAUUAGUCGGUGCUUUAUAGGUGUGGAUUAGUGCCUUGAUUUGACUCCUGUAGGAUACAGGAAGCCAAUGUAAGGAGCGACAGGAAAGUAAAAUCUGUCUAGCUGCAGCAUUCAUUACAGACUGUAGGGGGCAAUAUGACUUGUGCAUUGACAAGCUCCUUAGUAGCAUCUUGUGUAAGAAAGUGGCGGAUGCGCGCUAUGUUUUUAAGGUGGAAUCUACAGGAUUUGGUAACAGACUCAAUGUGAGGCCAGAAUCAAGUAUAAUGCCAAGACAGCGCGCUUGCAAGGUUGGACUGAUGUGGGUACCACUCACUUGAAUGGGAAGUGAAAGAGGGGGAUCAGUAUAAGGAGGAGGAAAGACCAGGAGUUUAAUUUUAGAGAGAUUGAGUUUCAAAAAGCGGGAGGACAUCCAGUCAGAGAUGGAAGAAAGGCAAGCCGUGAAAUGUUGCAGGACAGCAGGGGAGAGGUCCAGGGAGGAGAGGUAUAUCUGGGAGUCAUCAGCAUACAGGUUGUAUUGGAAUCCAAAUGAGGUAAUAAGUUUGCCAAGAAAGGCAGUAUAAAGAGAAAAUAGAAGCAGACCAAGUACAGAGCCUUGGGGGACUCCAAGAGAGACCGAAGGGAGGAGGUAUAAUUAGAAAAGGAGACACUAAAUGAGCGUUGGGAGAGAUAGGAGGAAAACCAAGAGAGGACAGUGUCACAGAGACAGAGUGAUUGAAGACUUUGGAGAAGGAGAACAUGGUCAAUAGUGUCAAAGGCAGCAGAGAGGUCAAGAAUAAUUAGUAUAAAGUAGUGCCCUUUGGAUUUAGCUGCGAUUAGGUAGUUAGUGACUUUCAUAAGAGCAGUCUCCGUAGAGUGGAGGGGGCGGAAGCCAGACUGAAGAGGAUCAAGGAGAGAGUUGGAAUUGAGGAAGCAAGUCAGACGGGUAAGGACGAUUCUUUCCAGAAGCUUUGAGGAAAAAGGGAGCAGGGAUAUGUACGAUGGUUAGAAGGGGAGGACGGGCCAAGAAAUGUUUUGUUUUGUUUUUUAAGAUGGGUACUACAGUAGCAUGUUUAAGGGCAGCAGGGACAACACCAGAAGGGAGAGAACAGUUUAAGAUGUGUGUUAAGGAAGGCACAAGAGGAGAGAGAUCUGAUAUGGUGAGACGGGACAGGAUCAAGCAGGAAAGUGGUGGGUCGAGAGGAAAGGAGAAGCGCAGCCACCUCUUGUUCAGUAGCCUGGGAGAAAGUCUGAAGGGUAGGAAAGGCAUGAUCCAGGUGUGAAAUAUAAAAUGGUGGUGAGAGCACUCUAAUCAUGCAAAUACAAUAUUUUACCAGAACUUUGUUUGUUGGAAUAUCUAAAAAAACAUAAAACACAGAAACAUAGUAUAAUACUGUUUAAAAUAUGUGCAAAAUGUUGUAUGUGACUGGUUAAACUCACAUAUUUCUGAGUCACUUUAAAAGCUGACUCAGACUUAGGGUUUGUAUGGAGAUGAGAAAUCUCUAUUCUGGACGUCCUGUAUCACACCUUGUGGAUCCGCGCUGAUAGUAUCCUCUAAAAUUACUCCAGGAUGCAGAAAUCGAAUCCAAAUUGAUUUAUUAUUAAAAUACUUCACAAAAUUAAAAAUUAAUAGUAAAUACAGGUAAAAUGUCCUUUGUGUAUACCACGACGCGUUUCGGCACUCACAGCCUUUCUCAAGUGGUCUGUUUCUCAUCUCUCUAUUUGCUCCUUUAUACCUUCAAAUUUCAGCGCCCUUUCUCCGGCGUCCUGUGUGCCUUCCGUUUUCGUCAUCACUCUGCGACUUCCGGUUACGUUACGUGAUGACGUUUUUGUUUACAUCAUCUUUCCUUAGCCAAACGGCUACGUCAUGACGUCUUCCUGGCGCCGAACCCGGAAGCACUAACCGCGCCAUUUUAGAAAGUCUUUCGACAUGAAAAAUUUGCCAGUCUUUUAUCCAUUUCCAAAUACUUAAUAUAUACAUCUAUAUACGAGGAAAACCCACAUUAACAGACAAUUUAUCAAAAAAAUGCAUAAAAUAGUCAUAAGAAGAGGUAUUAUUGUCCUAAAAAAGGGGAAAAAAAUAUAUAUCAUUGAAAAAGAAGAACGGGGGGAAAAAACAUUUUUAACAUAUAGAUUAAAUUUAAAAUAAUAUAAUAUAUAAAAUAGUUUUAAAAAAGUCAUUUAAAACACUUAAUACUAUAUACAUGAAUUAAUCUCAAAAUCUAUGUUUAAACCAUAGGGGGACAGUGAUUCCAUAUUAAAAAUCCACUUCAUCUCUUUUUUACUAAGGAGGCGUUCUAUAUCUCCUCCUCUCCAGUGGGUUUUUACAGCCUCUAUUCCUAUAAAUUCAAAUCCACUGAUAUUCCCUCCAUGUACUUCCAAAAAAUGUUUAGAAACAUUGUGUAGGGUAAACUUUCUAUUUAUAUUAUAAAUAUGCUCCCUUAUCCUUAUCUUCAAUGUUCUUGAUGUCUUCCCAAUAUACUGUAAGCCACAGGGACAGACUAUCAUAUAAUAUAAUAUAUAAUAUACAUGAUCCAGGUGUGGUUGAGAAAGAGAGGUGCAAGGUGGUGAGAAUUCUUUAAUUUAGCUGGCAAAGCUAUCGUCUGUUAGGUUAGUUUGGGGUGUGGCCACAGCAGGGCAAAGAAGGGAGGUAAAGGUAUUAAAAAGACACCUGGGAUUGCGGGGGCAUAAGCUAAUGAGGGAGGAAAGGUAUGACUGUUUGGCAAGGGCUGUGCUGUAUGAACACAACAUGAAUUUGUAGUGGAGGAAGUCAGACUGGGUGCGUGACUUCCUCCAGCAGCGUUCAGCAGAAUGAGAGCAUCUUUACAGGUUGCGUGUUGAUUUAGUGUGCCAUUACAUCACACUUAACAUUCACUAGCACCUCCUGCCUUUUAACCAAAUUUCCUUUAAAGCUAUCAAAAUGUAAAAAAAAAAAAAUGUAUUUUUUUUUUUUUUUUUAAAUGCCCUUUCGGAUGCAUGAAUGCACAGUAUUUUAGGGGUGGUUCAGAACCAACUUGGGCUUUAUUUAUUUAUUCCCGUCUGCUGAAAUGUAAGGGGGGGGGGAACCAAGAUAAUAUAUAGUUGUAAUGAGAUUGCCUUCCUUUUCAGGAUCGGAUAGUUUCCAUGACUUUGGAUAAAGAAUACGAUGUUGCUGUUGAAGCAAUUCGAUUGGUUACCCUCAUUCUUCAGUAAGUAGCUGCCACUAAUUGAUUAGUUCCAACAGGUAUUCAAUAUGGUGAACUCGGUGUUCUAUAUACAGAACAGAAUGAACAUCUCACUCCUUCAUGCAUGUAGCCAGUACAAUAAAGAUGUUACUCUGUUGUAUGUAGAAUUCAUGUAAUACAAGAGGUUUAUGUAAAGAAACUCUUGAACAUUAAAAAUAUAAAAAUAAAUCUUUAAUUUUAUGUUCGUGUUCCUUUAUUGGUUUUGAUUUGGGACUGUUGCUAAUUUGAAAAGAAAAAAAACAAAACACUACAUAAUUUGUAACUCCCUUUAAUCAAAAAGCAUGUGUCUAUGUGGAACUAUUGCUUGUAGGUGGUCUCCACUCUCCACAAAUCCAAUACUUCUUAUAGGGAAUUAAUGAAUACGCGCUUCUCUGAGAAGCACUAACUCCAUUCAAUGUCAUAAUUUUUUGCACAAAGUCGAAAAUUAUCACAAAGAGAAUGUGCCCCUUGUGGCUUUGUCUGCCAUACACCAGAGGCAAGGGCAUUGCCUUGAUUUAAUUUCCUUUUAACAGCUUUUGAUUUGAUUUCUACUUAUAGUUGUGCCAUGUGCAAGAGGAUAUUUCUUUUGAUCAGACAUUUGAAUAGUCACAGAAAUAUUGGGAAGUCAAAUUAUCUUUUGUAAAUAUGUUUGAUUAUAAAAUGUUUUUUUUCGGUAACAUAGGUAUGGAAGGUACAUAGUUGGACUUUGAGAAAGGUGGUUUCAAAAUGCAGUUGCCUCAUCCUCUUGACAUGGGACUGGCAGGCCCCCUUAAUAGAAAAAUAAAAGCAGCGUAUCCAGUCAUGUACAUCAGCAUUUACAUUUGCUAUGUACAUCCCAGACUUUCUGCAAUACAAACCAUAGGCUCAGCAACCCCAUCGGGAGCCAUAUAUAAUGUGAGACUUGUAGGUCUCUGUAUAGGAUAAAUGGGCUAAAGACGCAAUGUAUUCUCGUCACGCUAGACCUCAAGGGUCAAUUCCUGUGAUAUCCGAUUCGAACAUUAACAACUAAGGUUGGGCGAAAUGAAGGAGGGUGAUAGGGUCAGGGAAUAAGCAAGUUGGAUCACCCGACGAAUGGUCCUCACUGGCCCUUGGGCCCCCGAGUCCAGGCCAAGUGUCACUCUUGUCAUUGUGUAUGUUACUGUGGCAUCAGCUGAAACACCUUAGUAGAGGUGGUAAGUAACCAAUGGGACCAAAUGUCCAUAUAAUUUGUCUUCUAUCAGAGGCUUUAAGUAUGAGCUCCUCUAUGUAGUGGAGUUCUUCUGCCUUAGUGAAUAACCGAUUCAAAGAGGCCUAGUUUGUUGUCUCCAAAAAAGAGGGUUUAGCUGUUUAUUUACUUUCCGAAUACGGAUUGUAACUGAGUUGAUAUAAAGCAAACUAGGGGUUUUAGUGUGAUGAAGGAGCAUAGAUGCAGUCUCCAUAAGUGUUGGAGAGUCAUAGAAUUUGGUAAGCAUCAUCUGGAUACUAAACCAAAAUGGGCAUAAGAUAGUAAGAUAUUUUUUUUUAUUUUUUAGCUGCCUAUUGGGUUUCUAUUCCUAAAUACGUAGUAUAGCUAAUUCACGACCGUUCGCACAAUUAGUAGAUAAUGCAGUUUAUUUCUACAGUGAAAUGUUCCUUUUUUUCUUUUUUUUCUACCACCUGUGUGCUUUUUCUUGAAUUACCUACACUACUGUGGAGUUUGUCUGUUCCAGGUACUGGGCAUAGCACAAUGCAAUUCUGCUACAUACUACUCCGAACAGUAGCCUACCUAUCUGUCAUGCCAAUGAUUAAGGAAUAUAUUGAUCAAGUCCAAAACCUAAAGGAAAUCGCAAGUCAUUUAGGCAGAGCAUAAAGUGGAAUUUUGUUUAAAAUUUUUUUUUAAUUUUAAUUCUUCAGUCUAUUCAGUUGACUACACAAUUUAAUCAGACAUCUGUAAAACAAUAAAGCCUCUUAUUAUAAUCAUACAGUUUGUUACGCUAUCUCCAAUACAUAAUUUACCCAUGGACUGUCAAUUCUUUGUAGAUUAAGUGACAAUGAAGUUGCAUUGUGGUUGUUUGCGGCAUAAUCUAGUUAGACUUGCUUUGUCUGUUACGUGAGUUAGUUCUGCUCAAAACAGGCUAAAUCAGGGCUUGCCCAUGUUUGCCUUUCUAUGCUUUUACUACAAUUUCCAAGCCAUAUGCACAUCGGUGUCCAGUCAUAGCCUUCACUUUAUUGAUUUAAAGUUAUGCUAAUAGAGAAUUAUCAGAAUUCUUUUGAAAAUGCUGUUUGGACAAGUUUGUUUUAUCUUUUUAUCUGUGUUAUAGAUGUUCCUAUAUGUAUGUAUUUUAAAGGCAUGCUCAUUGCGAAAGCUACCUCUAUGUUCCUUAUAUGUGUUAUAAUGCAAAGAGCUUCCCUAUCUCCCAAUACACAUUCUCUUAUGAAUGAUUGCUUGGAUUUCCAUAUUAUCAGAGAACAAGCCGAACGUUGAAUCACAUAUUCCACUUUAUUUUGUAAUGACUUAUUUUAAUACAUUGUCACUUUACUGCAUUAAAAUGAAAUGCAGGUAUGCUAUCUCCAUUAAUAGUACAUUAAAUACUAUAGGUCUCGCCCAUAAUAACAUUGAAAGUAGCAUUCUGUUGGCGGUUUUUCCUUUUGUAUAUUUGCACUGUAUUUACUGGAUGUGAAUUAAUCUCUUGCUGCUCUUUCAGUGGCAGUGAAGAGGCGCUCUCCAAUGAAGACUGUGAGAAUGUUUACCACCUGGUGUACUCGGCUCACCGGCCUGUAGCUGUGGCAGCCGGGGAAUUCCUUCAUAAAAAGUGAGUACUUACAGCAGUGACAUUUGCAAGAGCCACGAUCAUUAGUAGGACUAUAAUAGCUAUUGUGAGUGAACAGGUCUCUGGGGUUAUUGGAGGUGACUGCAAAGUUUGAUUAAAGCUGCACCAAUAAGACAAUUAAAAGUGCUUAGCUGUUACACACUUUAAAUUAAUUCCGCUAUUAUUCAUACUUAAGACAGUCUCUUGAAACUUGCUGUUUUAAAAAAAAAAUGGGGGGGGGGAGGGGAUUUUUAUCUAUAAGUAUCUUCAAGUUUAAUAGGUUAAUUACUGUAUAGACCUUAAAGUGUUUCAUUUAACUAAAAUAACAUCUUAAACGAGACAUAAUAUAAUAUUGCAUGUAUAUUUAUUUGCUGAAACAUCAAAUUGUCAUUGUUUUGCUCCUUACUCGUGUUUUCAAAGUAGUUAUACAGCUUGCUUUUCUCUCUGUCCAGGUUAUUCAGCAGGCAUGACCCUCAAGCCGAAGAGGCUCUGGCCAAAAGAAGGGGUCGUAGUAGCCCAAAUGGCAACCUUGUUAAAAUGUUGGUGCUAUUUUUUUUGGAAAGCGAGGUAAGAAGUUAGUAGCUUUAAAUAAAAUGUUCUUUUUGUUUUUGUGUAUGUCUUGACCGAAGUUGCAGCACCUUUUCUGAACUCUUGAAAAAGGAGGAGGGAAACCCAUAUUUUUAUUGAAAGAUUGUCCAUCUCAGCAUCUUUAUUAAAAAUACAAUUGGCAUAACACAUUGUAAAGGUUCUGCAUAUGUAACUAAAUGCUAGCAGGAAUGCAGUUUGGAUACUCUGUCCAAACAGAUAUAGUGAGUAAAUGACUGUAGCUAUAUGCCCUGCACUACCACCAAAGGAACGCAAGGUGUUACAUUACUUUUUUUUUAUAAACUAUCCUCCUUUCAGGCAUAGUCUGUAAUAUUAAACAAAUGUAUAGCCUAGUAUUGUGUAAUUGCUCGCAAAGUGCUGUCAGGCAAAAUCAGACCUAAAAGUGUAGAUUUGCAGUGAAAGAAUUCGACACAAUUGCAGUCUGUGAAUUUGCACCCAUGUAUACUUAAAUAUAACUGUAAAAACCGAUUGAGAAAUACAGUGCUAAUUUAAUGUACAUAAACUCUGUUCUGUGUGAUCUUAUCAUAUAUACAUUUUUCUCUUUCAGUUGCAUGAGCAUGCAGCCUAUUUAGUGGAUAGUUUGUGGGAAAGUUCUCAUGAGCUUCUGAAAGACUGGGAAUGCAUGGCGGAGCUGCUGGUGGAAGAGCCAGUCCAAGGGGAGGAAGGUAAUCCUUAUAAACCCAGUCAUACCUUGCGUUUAAGUGCUGUAAAAUAAUUCAAUAAAUUUUGUCUGCAAAAGCCCAGCACACUGAUCUCCUGUUGUAUGUAUCCUGGUGUUGCUCUGUUGGCUAGGAUAUACAAAACUGAAUCAGGCACGCUCAAGGAAUUUGUUAAUCAACUACAUUCUUCUUUAAUCCAAAGGUGAAUUUACAAUGGAUACCUACCACACGUAAAACGUCAGAUAUAUAUAUAAGCUAAUGACCAUGAGAAAAAGGGUUCAUAAUUUGGUGAUGUCACCACAUACCUUUUUAAGUAGUAAACAUAAUGACGUAAACGCUGGACAUUUCAUAAAACUGGAUAGUGACCGUUUACGGAUUAGACCAUGAAUGGAGAGCAAAAUGUACCUAAACCCAAGUGAAUUGUAAAGUAUCUGCUACUCACCAAUAUGGAAUAGAACUAGAGGUAAAUACACAUGUAAGAAAAUUUGCAAAUAUAACAAUGUAUAAGUUGGAUAUAAAAAGGAUACAUGCAGCCACUAGUGGCAAAAUCUAGAGGACUGUUCCAUAAAUCCUUAUGCAAAGGUACAAUAACUGUUUUGAAACACAAAAACAUUGCUAAUAAAAAGAUAUAAAAGGAAGCUAAUGAACCAUCUACAAUCGAGGAAGCAUUUCAAAGGAUUAAUUUUGUUUAACCCUCUGGGGGCCAAGGUGUGCAUUGAAGAUCCAGUAAGAUUCUCUUCUCAGCAGGUUAACGUAUGUCACCUCCUCAUGGGUAUAGGGGGACCUGGUCAAUGCCCAUGACCCUGAGCCUCGGCCGAGUAUGUCUCACCUGUUGAAAAUGAAAAUGAAAAUCCAGUGCACUCCUUUAUCUACUAAACAGCAACUUUGGUGUUGACAGAUUUUGUUAGUUUUUUUAAAAACACCAGCUGAGUGGAGUGGCCUUCAAGUAUGGCAGAUCUAAUGGGCUAACGAUGUCCAUGGAGCCUUUCCCACAAGUCACUGUGUAUCUGCUAUACUUGAAGGCAAAUCCACUCAACCGGUGGCCAUACAUUUUGAACAGGUGGGACAUACUCUACUGAUGCUCAGGGUCAUGGGCAUUGACCAUGCUAUUCUAUCGCCAUGAGUAGGUGACUUACGUUAACCUGCUAAAAAAAUUUACUGGAUCUUCAUUGGGCACCUUGGCUUUCAGUGGGUUAAACAAAAUUAACACUUUGAACUGUUUCCUCAAUUGUAGAUGGUUCAUUGGGGGUUUGAGGGUUCCAUGAUGUUGAUACACUAUGUCAAAGGGUUCCAUGGGAAAAAUGAAUUGGGAACCCCUCGUCUAGAGAUUACGUCGUUAUGUUCACUACCUUAUAUGUAAGUGAUGACUGACUUCACCGGAUUAUGUAGCCUCUUUCUCACAAUCUCCCUCAUUUUCUUCACCAUUCGUUUACAAAUAUCUGCCUUUUUACACAUGGUAGGUGUCUUGAUAAAGACCUUAUGAGACUGAAACCUUCAUUGUGAAUUCACCUUUUUAAAACCACUAAAUUCUUCUUUAAUCCAAAUUCCUCAAGUGUGCCUCAUUCUGUUUUUUUAAUUUAUUUUACAUCCUAGUUUAUAGCGCAGCACCGGAGUAAAUAUCUAUUAUGGAGAUAUAAAUGAACAGAUUGAUAUUGACAUUUUUUAUUUAUUUAUUUUGUUGUUGAAGCGAUAUGUGAUGGCUUUAUUUACAUAAUGCGUAUUAUUUGGAACUGGCAUUUAAUUUUUCUCUCUACCAAGUAUUUUUGUGAAUUAUCAUACCACUUAACACUUUGUUACAUAGUUUUUAACGCAGCUUUAAAAUAAAAUUGAAAUAAUUGUUUUUUUUUUUAUUAUUAUUUUUAGUCAUGUCUGAGCGCCAAGAGACUGCAUUGAUUGAGCUCAUGGUCUGUACAAUACGUCAAGCUGCAGAAGCUCACCCUCCUGUUGGAAGAGGAACUGGCAAAAGGGUAUGGAUUACAUGUUGUAUGAGUGUUUUCUUUACACUUCUUUUUAUUUCUUAUGUUUUCUUACAAAGGACCCUGAUUUACUACCUUUUCUUUGUUGUUCUUGCUGUUGUAAAACGGCAUUUCUAGGGUGUUCACUCUAGAACCAAAAGUAGAAACAAAUCUUUUUAAAUUUCACAUGUGUAAAAUCAGAAUAUCCGUUUCCUAAUUAAUGUCCCUUAGUAGAUGGAAGAGGUACAGCAGUCUCUUGUGGGAGCAGCCCUUGUUAGAUAGUACAUUUCAUGAGUUUAUCGAACCAGUGACCAAUGUACAUUGUGAAAACACAAUAAGACACUCUUAAAGGAAAACUAGAACAUUAGUCUGUCUGCCACUAGAGGCAUUCUUAGUCAUUGCAUGACUAAGGGGGGCUAGGACACUUUCUCCAGACCACAUCAAUGAACUGAAGUGGUCUGGGGUGCCUAUAGUUUCCUUUAAAUUGUCCCAAAGUAUUACACCUUAUACACAAUUGAAUUACAUUAUCGCAGUCAUAGCCACAGAGUAGGAAACGUUUUCUGGUGAUGGCCAGAGAGAACUCGGUAAGGGUUAGAGUAAUUGAAAAAAAAAUAUUUUCACAAGAUCAAAAAUGUUUUGUUUAAAAAAAAAAAAAAAAAAAGCAUUAGUGAUGAUAAUAGAGGUUAGAGGUUAAUUGUGUUCAUUUGUAUUAUAGGUGUUAACAGCGAAGGAGCGAAAAACUCAGAUAGACGACAAGAACAAGCUGACAGAGCAUUUCAUUGUUGCACUGCCAAUGCUGCUGUCUAAGGUUUGUUUUCUAAUUGUGGUAUAAAAUAACUUGCUGUAGGUACUAUUCUGGAGGCUGUUGUAGUGUCACAAUUUGCCAUGAUCUGUAUGAAAGGUAUGAAAUUAUUUUCCUUCACCCCAGUUCUUCCUAUGAAAAACAUGCAAUGUUUGCUUCUGUCUUUAAAUGUAGGACGCACAGCAAAAAUAAAAACCUAAAUUAGAACAAGACUUGUUUAUUACCUAAAAUAGCAUUUACUUUUGUCUGUAAUGUGGAAGUAAUUGAGAUUGGGCAAUUAUUCCUGGUCUUAAACAUCCUACUGCCUUGUCCAUAAAACAGAGUGCAAAGAUAAAUCCCUUUUAGAAUAUACUUUUGGCAAGUUAAGGCUGAUGGUAAAGGUUUUGCCCAUUUGUACAGCAUUUUGUUGAAAAAAAGUACCCUGGCAUGAUUCCCAAUUUUUAGAAAACACUCUAGAAAAGCAAAACCUACUUAUAGGUUACUAUACAGUCUGCAAAUCGUGCGGUGGAUGUGAAGUUUGAUCCGUUAGAAUAGAAGCUUCUCUGGGUAUACAAUAGAGGGUUUUUAAAGCACUAACUAGGUUAACAUCACACAUAUAGAAGUUCACUGACUUUGCAGUUCCAGUUUGAGACGAGGGAUAUGUAAUAAAAUCUCAGAUUCGUUUUUGGAUCAGUUAACUGCAACAUCUUUAGUUUUUUUAAGGUCCAUGGGCUGUGCGUUAAGGACAGAAGCAAACUUAAUUUUGACUUUUUCACAAUACCCAAUCUAGUGAAUUAUAAAUGAAACUGUUGCAAUAUCUACUUAAAUUACUCUGGUAGCAUUAAAUCCUAGCCUGCCACUUAUCAACAUGUUUAAGAUGCUCCUUGUGGCUGUUUCUGGAAUUACAUUUCACAAAUUCUGCUUUAUUUCUACUGCAAAUAAGCCAAGCUCCCACUGUUGUGUGUAAUUUUGGAAUCUGAUGAUUUUUCAUUGUACUGUUACAAAACCAAAAAUUAGUUAUAUGCAUUAUAUCACAAAUCCUUAAGCAUAUUUAAGACAUUUACCACUACAUUAACUAUUAAUGUGCACGCUCAUGUACCAACACCAAAGCAAACCCCUUAUCUGAGUGAUGCUGACAAUAACCUUUCUUUCUGUAAAAAGGCAAAAUCUCUGAGAUGGAUAUUUUUAAUAUCCAUCUCAACUAAUUAAAGCAACAAUCAAAGCACUAGAACACGGCCUACAGCAUGUUGUAGUGGUUAUGGUGCCAAAAUUGUCCUGUCCAGUGAGCAUGGUCCUUCAUGGCCUUGUUUAGUUUUGUAAUUUGUUGAAACAUACUGAAAUUAUUUGAUUACUGUGUGACAGUAAUAUGGAGCUUUAGGCACCAGAACGAUUACAGCAGGCACGGAUAGUUCAUUUAACCCUAAAAGGGUUGGCACCACAAUUGCAUAAUCUCAUUGAAGUGGUUAUAGUGUCUGGAGUCAUUGGCACUUUACUUCUAUUCAGCAUUAAACUGUUUUUAAUUUUUUAAUGCAGCUUCUCAUUUGUGAUGCUUGGUCUAGUGAGGAAGUGUUGGCCUGAUCAGCAAAGGGCAGCUAUGUUUGGCUCAGUGUCAGCUGGCUGCAUUCAGCCUAUCAUAGUGCCAUUUUAAGUACAGGUAUGAAUCAAUUUGGCUAGAAGAAGUGCGUAAUCUCUGUUUUAGCCAUACCUCAAUUGGGGGCAGAGCCAUGGGAAAGGCCCUCAGGUCGUUUCGUGACGGCUGCAUCGUAGACUCCUCAAACGUCAUCCAGAGAAUAAACUACUUAUGCAUUGAGCUCCCUGCACACAUUAAGCCUGCUCUGUAGGAAAGCAUUGAAUCAAUCCUUUCCUAUAAGGAUUUAGAAUAUGUUGGACAUCCUUCUGCAAAACGUAAGGAUGUCCAGCAUCAUUUUAUGGAGUUAAAGUUAGUGAAAAGGCAUGAAGCACUGGUAGACAGCCACUAGAGGCGGUCUUAACCCUACAAUAAAAACAUUGUUUUCAGCUGUAGGUUAAUGGAUUGUAUACCCGGACCACUUUAAUGAGAGGACGUGGUUUGAGUGCCUGUAGUGUCCAUUUAAAUAAUCCUUUUGUUUAAAAUUACUAUUAUUGAAGGCAGUAAUGGCCAUUGUUUUCAUCAGCACACAAGUUGCAACCUGGGACAGAUAGGAGGCCCUGCAACAGUUUAUAUCUUAAUUGUCUUUGUGAGUUAACCAAAUUUUAUUUAUUUGGUUGUUACAGUAUUCUGCUGAUGCUGAGAAAGUUGCAAAUCUUCUUCAGAUCCCUCAAUAUUUUGACCUGGAACUUUAUAGCACUGGGAGAAUGGAAAAGGUAUGUGAACAAAUCUGCCCUUUAUGUAUUAAAUAUAUUUUUUUCAAUUUGCCACUCAGUGGGGGGGGGGAGGGGGGGGGUUAUUCUACAUUACUCCAUCUGAUUUCCUUUUAACAUUUAUUAACAUAUAAUUAUGCUGAUAUUAGUUGUUACAUAGAUUUAAAGGGACACUAUAAGCACCAAAACAGCUUUAGCUUAAUGGAAUGGUUUUGGUGUAUAGAUCAUGACCCUGCAUGAUCUAUACACCACUGCUCAGUUUUAGGAGUUAAAUCACUUUAUUUUAUACAACCUUAGUCAAACCUCCCCUGGAUAUGACAGUCUCCUGUAAAGAGAGAUCCAAUGUUUAAACUUCCUUUAUUUCUGUUUAUUGUAGAAUUCCUUAUCACUAAUUAUGUUAAUAGCCUACAUGAACCUCCUAUGUGUGAUUUAAAGUUGAAUUAACAGAACAUGAGGUAAAAACUACAAUUAAGAAAACACAGUGCUGAAUGAAAAUGAAACCAUAUUUUUCAUGCAGGUAUCACAUGUAAAUGAGUCACAGCCAGGGGACAUGUGACUAGGGCUGCAUGAUUUCACUCGUAAAGGGCAUGAUCUAUACACUAAAACUGCUUUGUUACACCAAUGUUGUUUUGGUGUUUAGAGUAUUGCUUUAACACAUAAUUCUACAGUGUGUUACUCAUUCAUAGAAUACGAAGAUGAAUAUUAAUAAUUAUCAUGUCAAAUUAUUUGACAAAAUGAAUUUAGGACCACUUUAAAGUAAACCCAUCUUACAACAUUGCAGGAAGGCAUUAUAUAGAUAAUUGUAUAGGCUAAACUAAUCUGGGUCCCUUUGCACUUUGGUUCUUAGUGAGUUUAAUCCAAAAAAAAGUCUCUGUAUAGUGUAACUACUUGGUUAUUUUCUAACCCUUAAGUACCGCUUUUGUAAACUGUUGUAAACACAUGUGCUUUUCUGACCCCUGCUCUGUUGCAAAUGUAGCACUUGGACAGCUUGCUGAAGCAGAUAAAGUUUGUUGUGGAGAAGCACACAGAGUCCGAUGUGCUGGAGGCAUGCAGUAAAACAUACAGCAUACUAUGCAGCGAGGAGUACACUAUCCAGAACCGUGUGGAUGUAGCACACAGCCAGCUAAUUGAUGAACUGGCUGACAGAUUCUCACACGCUGUGGAGGAGCUGCUCCAGGAGGUAGAUACACACCUGCACAAUGUGUUGGUCUUGUUUCCGGCAUGGUUUCUUGAUAUUUCUGGUUGCUAGACUAUUAAUUCAAUUUAUUUAUGUAGGUGGCGUAAAAUGGGAAAACUUGGAUGAUAACCAUGGGUAGUCGAACUUUGCAUUUGAAUCAGUUUUCCUCUUGUGUGAUAUGGGUAUUCUAUUCCAAUAACAGGGGGGCAUUUUGGCCAUUGCAGAGCAGGAGAACAUCGUUUAGGACCAAACUCGAUGAUGUGGGUUUUGGGUUAUUUUUUAUUAUUAUUUAGGAGCCAAAGAUGAUGUGCAUCUGUUCAAUAAAAGAUCAAUAAAAUUAAUGUAAAAAGGUUGAGACUGACCAUUCUUUUAGUUCAGUGAUUUUAUAUCCGUGCCGUUAUGGACAUAAAGAUUCUUAAGUGGUCAUAAUUGCAGGCUGGUUUAUGGUUUGCAUUCAUUUCAAUGUGUGAUUCAGUUGUGAACGUGCAGCUCAUAUAUAGUUAAUGAAUUGGCCGUUGCCUCAUUAAAUGCCUUGGGACCUAAUUGGAGAUUGAUGCAGUGAACCAUUAUUUUACUCUGAUUAGCAGCUUCCUAGUGUUAGCUUUUCAAUCUAAUAGGAUAAAAAAAUACAAUCAUCAAACUUAAUUAACCAACAUGAUCUUCAAUUAAUUCUUUCCAGUCUUUUAAUCUACGUUAAUGUCUAGAUGUGAUUUAAAGUCAAUAGUGUUCGGUGCUGCAGAGUUUGCCGAAGUUUUUUUAAAAGUAAAUGUAUCCUAGCCUUGUUUAACAAUAACAACAAGGAAAUGUUGUAUUGCUAUAGCCUUGUAAACCACAUCAACAAUCCAAUGUUUACACUAGGUUAAAAAUACAGCUAAUGCAUACUCACAGUUCAAAACUCCUCUUGAAGAAAAUUUUGUUUAGGAACUUUGGUGUCUUCUCUAAUGAGAUGACAAUGUCUGGUGACAUUCAAUAACAUGCCUAACACAGUGUCAGUGCACGUCUGGUUUACAGGACAUUAUAAAGCUAGCCAGGAGAAUGUAUGCUGUCAGUCUUUGCUCACAGAGACAUAAGUGGCCUCUAGUGAUUUGACUUAAAUGCUCAUUAACCUGUGUAUUUUUUUUUUUUCAUAUAUUUUUUUACACCAGGCAGAAGAAGCAGAUGAAGAUGAUAUCUACAAUGUACUGGCCUCAUUAAAACGGUUAACGUGUUUUCACAAGUAAGUACACCUCUUUCUUUUAAGUGACUACAUCCUUUCAACCCUGCUCUUCAUACUGACAAUAACUGAGGUUUCACAGCUGCCUAUUAUAAAUCCCUCCCCCUUGCCCCAAUUAGAUCAUUGUGUAGUCUUUGAGGAGAACAUUGAAUGAGCAGCCCGGGGUUGCUGAUAAUGUACAAUGCGGAUUAUAUUGUAGACAUUUUGGAAACAAAAAAAAAAAUCUUAAAGUAAGUUAAACUACAAACCGUGUAUUCAUUUUUCUCUUUUCACCCCUUGAAUAGCCUUGCUGCAAGUGGUUUGUUUUUUGUGUGUGUGUUUUUCCCCAAAUUUAUGUGAUAAAGAAUGUUUCCCUUUAAAGUAAACUCAUCGUAUAAAAUUAAAAGAUGGCAUUGUAUAGAUAAUUGGUUACAAAUGCUAAUAUGGCCAUUUAGUCUGAGUUGAAUAUUCCCAUGUAUUUGUCAUCUACGUAGACACUACACUAAACUAUUUCUACAUUGAUUUAGUGGGUUUAGCACACUCUUAUUCCCAAAACGCAAUGUGCAUAUUGGUAUUAUGAUUAUGUGGCUGCUUGCGCAUUCUACUAUACAAUCCAGGAAGGUAAAUUCAGAUGUGUAUAUGCCUGAGAUUUCACUAACUCGCUGUAAAAACAUUUUUGUUUCUACUUCCAUUGUAAUAUACCCACUAGUGAAUGAUAGAUUAACUUUUUCUUGCUCUGUGGUGGUUAACCUGUUUUUUUGUUGUUUGUUUUUUGUUAAUUGCAGCGCUCAUGAUCUCACUAAAUGGGAUUUGUUUGGGAACUGUUAUAGGCUACUGAGAGCUGGGAUUGAACACGAAGGCAUGAUAGAACAGGUACAGAAAACAUUAGUUCUUUAAAUGCACUUUUUGCAUUAAAAUAUUAGUGGAGGGGGAGUAAUCAUUUUUUCCUAAUUUGCAGAUUGGGGUCCAGGCUCUACAGUGCUCCCACUACUCCAUACUUUGGCAGCUGGUGAAGAUCACAGAAGGCAAUCCUUCCAAAGUAAGUAGAUCAGCCAUAUAUUUGUUGUUUGAGCUUGGUGGAUGUCAGGCAAACUGCUUUGUCCUCUGGUUGAUGUGUUGUCUGUCUGUGAUGGAAACCUACUUUAGUGGAUGCAUCCUUACUGGGCCAAAUGUCCCCAUGUAGAUUUUGUUCAGUAAUGAUAGUCUUAUGUUUAGUGCAGGAGUUGUUUAAUUUCUCACAUCCCUGGAAAAUUUCUGUUUGAUCACCGUGUAAUACGCUACACUGGCAUACAAAGCUGUCAGUCACUUGGCAUAUGAAAAAUAUGUUCUAUUAGGAAUGGUUUACUGUUUUAUAGUAAUCUGGGAAGAAUUUUAAUUAAUGGGACACUAUAGUCAACAGCGCUGCGGAAUCUGUUGGCGCUUUAUAAAUACCAGUAAAAAAUGAAUGUAAAAAAAAAACAGAACAACUACAGCUUAUUGAAUUUGUUCUGGAGAGUAUAAUCAUUCCCUUCAGGCUUUUUGCUGUAAACACUGUCUUUUCAGAGAAAACACAGUGUUUACAUUAGAGCCUAGUGAUAAUUCCAGUGGCCACUCCUCCUUGACCGUCUCAGCCAAUCCAAUGCUUUCCCAUGAGAAAGCAUUGUGAUUGCCUUUGAAUAACAUUUCUGAUGAUGUCAUCAAAGCUGGUAGUUUAGGGGCAGAGACCACAACAGACUGCAAUAAAAGUAAGAUUUGUACUAUAUUUAGAGAGGCAAGGGGGGUGGGGAGGUGGGAGGGGGUUAACACUAUAGGGUUAGGAAUACAGGUUUGUGUUAAUCACCCUAUAGUGUUCCUUUAAAUUUAUACCCCCAUAUCUGCACAGGAUUAGUGGUGGAUAUAUUUUAAGAAUCAGUUGUCAAUGUUUGAGUUAGGCUGUGGAUAACCAAGUGAUCUUGUUGAUUUAUAGGAAGACAUGUUGGCGUUGAGAAAGACUGUUAAAUCCUUCUUGGCUGUCUGCCAGCAGUGUCUGUCUAAUGUCAAUACAGCUGUGAAAGAGCAGGUAACUAUCGUGAAUAUUUUUCUAGGUGUUCUGUUUUUGGGAUUUCCACUACAACCCAUCUAAGCUUCUCCAACUAAAAAACUGUAGCCAGUCUUCCCGCAAACUGAUGUUGGCAAAGCACCAUGGGAGUUCAGCAACACCUGAAGGAUCAGUGACAUACUUGAUUUAUGUACCAUGAAUUACCAUUAUAUUUAUUUUUCCCCCCAGGCAUUUAUGCUUCUCUGUGACCUUCUAAUGAUCUUCAGCCACCAGUUAACGGCAGGUGGUAGAGAGAAUCUAAUGCUUCUGGUAUUUAAUCCGGACCUGGGACUCCAGUCCGAGCUGCUCAACUUUGUCAUGGAUCAUGUCUUCAUUGAUCAAGAUGAUGAAAACCAGAGCAUGGGUAGGCAAGGUUUCUUGUGUAAAAGCCUAAUAUUUGAACAUAAUAAAGAUAGCCGCACUCAAUCCCAGCAGCCACCCAGUGCUCAGGAGCAGGACCAGCAAUCCCACAAUGAUAAGACAAAAAAAAAAAAUUCUCCAGGCACUCAAGCUUGACAAAGAUCUCUUAGCAGGUCGAAACGUUGCUGCUUUUGCCUGUUCUAUUAAAACUGUCUGCAGUUUGAACACCCUGAGUGUCUUUAGAAUUUUUAUUUUUUAUUUUUUUUGCCUAAUAUUUGGACAUAGUCACUUACAGGCCUGGCUAUGUCAGCUAGGGAACACCUCCUUUGUACAGCUCAAAUGUACUUUACAGAGGAGUGAAUUUGGAAUGCACUGCACCAACACCAAAACCCAAUCAUGCCUCCUGACAUCAUUAAUGAUGUUAUAAUCUCACUUUUAUUGUGUAUAGAUUUAAAAGGACAAAUACUUUUUCAAUUUCAGAAGGAGAUGAGGAAGACGAAGCCAACAAAAUCGAGGCCUUGCACAAGAGGAGAAACUUACUCGCAGCUUUCUGCAAACUGAUCAUUUACGACAUUGUAGAUAUGCACGCGGCAGCUGACAUCUUCAAGCACUACAUGAAGGUAGGAUAGCUAAUGUCCUACACACUAUAUAAGAAGACUACAAAGUAUCCUAUGUUAUCCAAGCUUUGGCGGUAAAAUGUCAUCUUUGUCAAAUUCCAAUGGUGACACAAAUUUCAAAUUCUCACUAAUCAGCCUUGAUAUGCUGCCAUGGGUUUUUACUUUGAUUGUCAUGUUUCCUUACUCCUUUCAUGGUGGUUGGAAUUAAAUAAAGUCUUAGCGUUGUCUGAACCGAGACUGCCGAUGGUUUCUAAUAUCUGUUGUGACUUGUCAAUGCCUAAACUAUCAUAUAUAUAUAUAUAUGUGUAUGUAUGUAUAAAUUUUAUUAUAUUUCAAUAUAAAACAGACAUAACAGUCAGAAAUCUUAUCAUUGAACAAUCCAGUUCUUAUACGUUUUCUGAAGUUGAGUUUCUGACAAAAGCAUAACAUAAUUAAAUACAUACAAGUCUAUACAAAACAAUACAAUCUAAAAUCUAAUCCUUUCUAUCAUGGUUCAUAGCUUCCAAUCAGUUGAAUUUCUGGCUAUCCCCCUUUUUAGGGAGAUUUCUCAUAUGAUCUAGAAAUUGAUCCUUCUAGGAGGGAAAAUUGUAGCAAAGCUGAUCUAGAUUUACCUUGUUCACUUGACUUAUAUGAGAAAUUUUACUGCAAAGCUGGAUUUUCUUCUCUAAUCACUUCAACAUUUUUAGUAUAUAUCCAUAUAGGCAGCACUAUUUAUGUAUUCUAUUUAUUUAUUUUUGAGAUGAGAUGACUUUGACUACCUAUUGAAUAACCACAAUAGAUGUUUCAGCUUGUUGUUCUGAUUUGAAACCAGUAAUGAUGUUUUAAUAUAUUUCACUGUAAAGUUGGUUCUUUUUAAUAAAGGCCCUAAAAAGACCAAAAUGUUUUGAUAAUGUUUAUAUGAUUAAUAUUCCUUAAACUCUAGCUUAUAAAAGAUUUAGAAUCUAUGGAUUCUCAGAAAUGCUGAACUAUUUUAUAUCUGAUUGCAAUACCUUUAAAAGGGGCCAUGGCUGUAAUUUUCUAGGGUCUUUCAAACGCUUUAUGUUAAUAUUUGUCAAAUGCAACCUUGUGCCCAUAACAUCAAUAAUGCUGGUUGCAAAACAUGCUGUAAAUUUCUGGUUUUAUAGUAUUAAUCACUAGUAAGUGCAGAGUUUAUCAGUAUGUUUCAUUACAUUUAGAUGUAGUGAAAUCUCUUGGAGAAGAUGGUAAAUAAGAGAAAGCAAUGGCCCAAUUAAUUGGCCUACGUUUGUAAAGAGCAAUUUUGGGGCACAGUUAAAAAUGCAACUAUCUACAGGAACAUUAUAUAGCUUUCCACGAUGAUUGCUCCACAUCUAAAACUUUGCCCUUGGUAUACUAUCCAUUGUGUUUACAGCAAACCAAGAAUGAGCAGUGUUUUAUUUUUCUGUUGCUAUAGAGAAAAUAUUUAUUUCUUCAUUACUGCACAGGGAUUAUAAACAAAUAUAAACUUGUUUUAUGCAACUUUUUUGCAGUAUUACAAUGACUAUGGGGACAUUAUCAAAGAGACCCUUAGUAAAACACGACAAAUUGACAAGAUCCAGUGUGCCAAGACUCUGAUUCUCAGCUUACAGCAGGUAAGGAAUCCUUUGCGAUACCACUUUCACCAGUUCUCAUUUAACCAAUUAGAGACUUACUGAGGGGUGCUUGCUCUAUGCACUGAAUUCAUAGAGGAAAUACUGCAUGUUUAAUUGUGCAGUUGAAAUAUGAUUUUCUGUGCCUUCAACUAAUUUGUUUAGCAUAAAUGUUCCUGUUUAAAUGUAAAGUUUGUUUGGUGUAUUUACACAUGUGUGUGUACAGGAUAAUAUUUUAUAAUGUUGGGUUUAUGCACUAAGCACCAAAUUGUAGUGAGCAAAUCGGCUGUUGUAGUCUAAGGGUUUUUUUUUUUUUUUUCUACAAUUUGAUGUGUAGUGAAUAAGCAUCCUGAAUGUUACUGUACAUUUAUUAUGUGAGCAUGGAAACUGUUUUAAAUCGAUAGGAAUAUCAUGUAGCAUUUUAAAUCCACUCGAAAGCAAGUUGUAGAGAAAUGUAGGUUUCACUCCAAAUACAAACCUUUGUUUUACAGGUGAACGACGUUAUUCAUUAGUAACAAUUCUGUUUUUUUCAUUUUACAAUUCUAUAGUUGUUCAACGAGUUGGUGCAAGAGCAAGGACCCAACCUGGAUAGAACAUCUGCUCACGUCAGUGGAAUUAAAGAGCUUGCUCGCAGGUUUGCACUAACGUUUGGCUUGGAUCAAAUCAAGACCAGAGAGGCGGUGGCCACGUUACAUAAGUAAGUCAUGUUAUUUCCUAGUGUGAGGUCUAAUAUGCAAAUGUGUAGUAUCUGUUAUUGAUUUACUCAUAUGAGAUAUUUAAAGUUGGUUUAUUGAGAAUCCAGUUCAUGGCAGAGGAUAAAAACAUGGCAGAAAUAAAAAAUAUAUAUAUGUCUCAAUAUGUGAGUGCAUAUAGAGUGUGUUUGAAUAUUUACUCAGGAGAUCACCUCUAAUCCAUUUCAUGGACAAAAUUGGGUCUUAACACGUUUCUGGUACAUUGUUGUAGGAUAUGUUUAGUUGUUUUGUACCAUCUGUGUUCAUUUACAGAAUGCAAGCAACCACAAGGCUUUCACUUUUUAUUAAUUCUUCCUGUUUACAUUUAUUUCAGUAAAUACAUGUUGUCUUCAGCUUGGAUACAUUACUCUAAUUCUUUGUUAACACUAAAAAAAUUAAGACACUUUAAGUAAGUUUGACCUCAAUUUACUAAGCUUUCUGAAAGAUUCAUUACUGCUAGAAAAACUUUCUAAAUUCCUUAUUUACAAUAUUCCCAUAAACAUUAAUGGUGACUUCUGUAGAUAAAUACAUUUUGAAUGGAUUUCUAACCGUAUUGAAUGAUUUAAAACAUUUAUUAAAUGGUCUUAUUCAGCAUUUCUGUUCCCUAUUUGACAUAUAGUACACAUUUAAUGCACUGUUACGGAGUAGAGUCUUUCCAUUGAAUCAGGUUUUGCUUUCUUAUAAGGACUUUUGUGCUAAAAUUGCAUUUUCCCCCCAAACACAGAGAUGGAAUAGAGUUUGCUUUCAAAUACCAAAAUCCCAAAGGCAUGGAGUAUCCGCCACUGAACUUGGCCUUCCUGGAAGUGUUGAGUGAAUUUUCUUCCAAACUCCUGCGGCAGGACAAGAAGACUGUGUAAGUGGAAUAUGUUUAUAACAACCAUCCACCUCACAUAGUACUUCCAUUCACUUAUGAUCUGCCCCAGUUUCCUUUGAAAGAUCUCAGAGGAGACCCGUUAAACACCAUUUCAAUGGAAGUGUGUCUUAUAAUUGAAAAUGUACCUUUCUUUGGUAUUCAGUUGUGUAAAAUUGCCAAGAGGUAAAGGUGUCUCAUUGAAGAGAACGUUUUACUUGUUCAAUGCCAAAAGAACAAGAUAGAAAUGUGUCUUGCAUGUUAAAAAAAAUGUUUUUAAAAAUUUCAGCUGUAAACAAAUUUUCAGUAAAACCACCUUUUGUGUUUACAGUUGUUUAAAUAUCACACUUGAUGUUUCUAAUCCAUGUUAACAACUUUCUCUUGCUCAGACAUUCGUAUUUGGAAAAAUUCCUUGGUGAACAAAUGAUGGAGAGAAGAGAAGAUGUGUGGCUUCCACUAAUAUCAUAUAGAAACUCUCUGGUCACUGGGGGUGAUGAGGACAGACUGUCUGUGAACAGUGGAGGCAGUAACAGCAAAAGUUCUUCCAUAAGGAGUAAGAAAGGUCGUCCUCCAUUGCACAAAAAGAGGAUAGAAGGUAAGGUUAAUGCUUCAAUGCAAAUACAAGCAGGUUAACCACUAGAAGUUAUAUUAGCAAUAGUGUAUUUACGUAUAAAUAGGUCCCCUUCUAGAAAUCUGUUGAAUAAUGUCCCAAGAAAUAUUGUUACAAACGUAUCAUUUAUAAUCCAUUUCUUUUGCCGUUUUCCCAGAACCAUAUUUAGAUCCUGUAGGUGACAAAAAAAUUAUUUUUUAGAGAAAAGUAACGGUUACCUGUGUAAUUUGGUUUUCAGAGGAGACUAUUGACAAUUCGUGGGUAACCAGAAAUGACACUAUUCAGACUCCAAGCGCACUUACUACACCGCAGUUGACAUCCACUGUACUUAGGGAAAACCCCCGUCAAAUGCCUGAGCAGAUGCCCGAACAAGAAUCCGAACAUGGCUCCGAACCAGAUUUCUUACACAAGUAAGUAAACCUUAUGGCUGCAGGCAGUCUGUGCAAAGGGCUUUUUUUUUUCUUUUCUUUUUUUUUUUUUUUUUCAAAACUUUCCCCUCAAAUAUAUUUUUUUAAUAGUGGCCUCAAAUAGCCACUAUUUCUGUGAAUCCUAAAAGGGUCCUGAAGGACAAAAGCUUGUGUCAUGGGGCUAAUGCUUAUAUCUCUAGAGUAAACACCAGCUUAUUCUUUAGAGGUUUCCACAAUCUGUUUUUCAGAUUGAGAAUGUGUUUCCUAGUGUAUUAUUUUUUUAAUUUAAUUUUUUUAAGAAUUUCCGCUGUCACGCAACUUCCCAAAUGCAGACAUUAGUCUCUCCAACUUGUUGCUGUGAUCAGAUUUCCCCCCUUUAUCCCUCUCCCAGUCUCUUCCUCAUCUAUCACAUGCUUUGCUGGCACUCGACACUUUGUACAGACAGGCUGCUUAGUAAGAAUUACUUUAUUUGGAAUGUAGUGUAGAUAACUCUGAAAAGAAAAUACAUAACCCUCUUUUCCUCCCACAUCUCCCGUAGCCCACAGAUGCAGAUGUCGUGGUUGGGUCAGCAGAAGUUAGAAGAUUUAAGUCGAAAAGACAGAACAUCAAUGAACUACAUGAAAGUGCGGAGUGGCGUAAGGCACCCAGUGUGAGUGAAACAUACAAAAUGCAUGCUUUGUUAGUCUGCAAACACAGGAUAAAACCGAAACGUUUCACACGUAGCCAGCCCAUGGUUAAUAACAUUUUUCUGCUUGUGUUUACAUUUUGGACAUGUAAAUCUGUAUGGAAGCGCUAUACUUCUAUAUUUUUAAAAUGUAGCAUUUACCAGCUUGUACAGUAAUCUAUCGCUUGGCAUAAAGUAUGUGAACAACCCAGGUGUGAGCUUCCUAUGCAGGAUGCAGUUGAAGUUGUAAAUGCUUUUUGUCUCCUUUGUACAGUUAUCACAAAUGGCUGUAUUCUGUCUGUGCCAUGGGAGGGAAGACAAAAGAACAGAGCCCCCUGUAAUGAGCUCUUCAAUAAAUGAUCACAGAGAGCUAAUCAGUUAAACUUGUCCUGCCUGGAGACAAGAAUGUUAAACAAUUAUCUUUCCUGUACUAGGAAUGAAUUUAGUUUGCUUAUGAACACGUAUUUUGUUCCUUUUGUAGCAAAGCUCCUGGCAUAUGUUCAGCUACCUAAAAUAUGAUGGAUAAUUGUGUACCCAAUGGCCAUCAGAUAUAUGGCAGUACUGUCCUUUAGUAAUCAUUCCAUGAUUGGCUAAAAUUGGGCUAAAGAUACUUUUUACAUUCAAUGUUAACAUGUUCCCAUAUAGUAACUGAAUACUGCUUGCUGCUGAAUCUAAGUCAGCUAUAGAAUACUCCAGCAUUAUUUAUAAACAUUUGUUUAUAACACUGAAAUGUUCCUUAUUAGGGAGCAACCAAUAUUGAUUUUUUUUUUAUUUUUUUUUUAGAGCAGAUACAGAUAAUCUGUGAACUUUGAGGUCGAUCGUUUAACACUAUUCUGUAUAUUUUUACCAUUUAUUUUUUUUUAAAUUCUUUAUUUUUUUCCUGUGCACAAGAUAAUACAUAGGUUUACAAUGCCACGACAGCAUUAGUAAACAGCGAUAACAGUGUAGAACAUAUAUGAGACAUGAGAAAGUGGCACAGUUUUUAAGUAUAUUAAUACACAGGCUAGACUUGCUUGUUUUAACUUUAUAGGAGUGAAGGUAGAUGCAGGUAUAAAACAAUUGAUGGUAAAGGCCUUGCUUAGUAUGUGUUGCUCGAUAACAAGAUUAAUAGGCAAGGUCAAAAUUAUUAAGGCAUAUACAUUGUUUGUUCAAACCGUUUAGUUGUAUUAGGUAAGUUAGUAGGCUCAUUAUAAAACAAUAGAUAACGUAUAAGCUUUUGCUGACUAGUCUCGCUUAUCUGUCUGGGUGUUUAGAUUGAGUCUGCAGUUCGCUGUCCGACAACAGGCUUGUGAAAAGGAAAUGAAAUCAAAGACUUAAAUCAUAGUUAAAAUAGGUUAGGUACACAUUUUGCAUUACUGAGUUGGCUGACAAAAUGGUAGGGUGCACUCGAUACACUCUCAUGGCUAGCAAGGUACUGGGCUAUGAAGUCAGUGGGUUACACACUAGUUGACAAAGCACUUAUUGCAAAGCUACAGAAAUGAGGCAGACAUAGGAAAAAAAAUAAAUCAAAAGGUGCUAAAUAGUAGAAAUCAACGAAAACCUUGCUCAUCUGCAUGAAAGAGUCCUUAGCAGUCAGGAAUUAAGCAUGGCAGCAGAAUGGGUAAGAUCAACAGGUGUCCCAAUGAGGCUUAUAGCGGGUGCGGGACCUAGGUAGCCAGUUUUAUGUUGGCUACUCAGCCAACGCCAGAUCUUGAGGCCCGCAGCUCGGUAGCAAGGAUCCACUCUGUGACCGGGUGGGCUGCUGCAGGGUUAUGCCUAUGCUGGGCUCUCCACCAUCUCCCGGCUUCAGUGGGGGCUUGCAUCCCUGAGCCUCGGGCUUGGGUGUUCUCAGGAGCAGAGGCCCUGCACCGUCUGGAGACAGUAGGGGGUCCAGCCGUUAAGGACCGUUGGCGGCAGGCUGUCUUCCGCUUUUGCGGUGAAGUCGCUGAGGCUUUGCCUUUGGUAGGUCUAGGCACUGAAGGGCAGGCAUUGAGUUGAACCGGUGCUGGUGUCGCGUGUUUGCCUUGAGGAGGGCUGUUCGGUUUUGUUAGGAUGGUUCCCAUGCUGGCUGCACUAUGCUUAGUGAUGGGAGCUUGUGCCAGUUCGUGUAUACGUGCCCAAAAGCUCUGGAAUAUUUAGUUGAGCUUGUGCAGUGUGUGCUCCAGUGACCCGGGGUGAGGUGGUUUAGGCAGGCCCAGUGCUCCUUGUGCAGUGGAGGGGGCUGUCGCCAUUUUGCCUGAGCCACGUGGUCGGAGUUCAGCUCUUCUGAAGCCAGAAAGCGUAGUUAAGUAGUUACAUAGCUGAAAAGAGACUUGCGUCCAUCAAGUUCAGCCUACCUCACAUUUGUUUUUUGCUGUUGAUCCAAAAGAAGGCAAAAAAAACCCAGUUUGAAGCACAAUUUUGCAACAAGCUAGGAAAAAAAUUCCUUCUUGACCCCAGAAUGGCAGUCAGAUUUAUCCUUGGAUCAAGCAGUUAUUACCCUACAUUGAAAGAUUAUAUCCUUGAAUAUUCUGUUCUUGCAAGUAUGCAUCUAGUAGCCGUUUGAACAUCUGUAUGGACUCUGAUAAAACCACUUCUUCAGGCAGAGAAUUCCACAUCCUGAUUGUUCUUACAGUAAAAAAACCUUUCCUUUGCCUUAGACGAAAUCUUCUUUCUUCCAGUCUAAACGCAUGGCCUCGUGUCCUAUGUAAAGUCCGGUUUGUGAAUAGAUUUCCACACAAUGGUUUGUAUUGGCCCCGAAUAUAUUUGUAUAAUGUUAUCAUAUCCCCUCUCAGACGACGUUUUUCUAAACUAAAUAGGUUUAAAUUUGUUAAGUACAGCUGGAAUCUCAUACGAUAUGCCCGUGAGGACCGGGAUAACCCCUACCAGUCCAGGGGGAGGUGGGGGGUAUAGGAUAGCAGUGAGAAUGAGUCCUGGGUCUGGAAACAAGGAGAACAGCUGCUUCUCCCAGUCUCCCCUCCAACAGGCCACAGCAGAGGUGUUCCGGUUCCCCGCCGGUUACAGGCUUGAGUAAGGUCUCGGAUUGUGCAGUCGGGUACCGGGGUUCAGAUGGUGCCCGUGGGUGGGUUUGGUCGUCUGUUUGUAGGGUUUUUUUUACCCCAAAAUGGGCUCGAGAUGCGGGACCUCUGAUUCCCCACGUCUGCACAGCUCUGAAGCUAGGCUCCGCCCCCCAUAUUUUUACCAUUUUAAGGGGGGGGAAAUGAACAAAAUAUACAUGCCAGUCAGAUAUUUUUUUUGUUUGUUUUAAGAAUAUUUGUGUGUGUAGUGGAUGCAGUGAGAGUAUUUGAUUAGAAAAUGUAGUGGAUGCAUUCUGUGUGUAAAUAUGUGCGGUAGGAAAUCUCUCUCCUCCUCCCCUGUCCCAUAGUAUUAUUUCCUCCUCUCCUGUCCCAUAGUGUUAUUUCCUCCUCCCCUGUCCCAUAGUUUUAUUUCCUCCUCCCCCCUUCCCUACCUCAUAGUGUUUUUCAUUCUAAUUUCAGCCGAGGUCUGAUGGAGGAUGACGCAGAGCCAAUUUUUGAAGAUGUAAUGAUGUCAUCGCGAGGUCAAUUGGAAGACAUGAAUGAGGAGUUUGAAGACACAAUGGUUAUUGACCUGGUGAGUGAGACUUUCCUUGCUCUUUCACUGUGCUAAAGCUCAGUUCAUUCACUUCAACCUGAUUUAGCAGUUAGGCUUCUUAUGAUGUAAAACCAUGGAUCAGGCUGUAACACACAUUUCUACUGGUCACAUAACUGCUCCCAACAUUCUGAUGCAUUUCACUGAUGUCACUCAAUGAAAAGGAGCUUUUAGCGAAUGAACUAGUUUAGAUCAAUGCCCAUACACUGGAACAUGUAGAGUAUCUUAUUAUUAUUAUUAUUAUUAUUGCCAUUUAUAUAGCGCCAACAGAUUCCGUAGCACUUUACAAUAUUAUGAAAGGGGAUUUAACUAUAAAUAGGACAAUUACAAAUAAACUUACAGGAACAAUAGGUUGAAGAGGACCCUGCUCAAUCGAGCUUACAUUCUAUAGGAGGUGGGGUGUAAAACACAUUAGGACAGGAAUGUGCAAUCAAAUAAGGUGGGCUGCCCUUUAGGAGAGGGCAAGAGAUGGGUAUGUGAGGUAGGGGUUAGUCUUGGAGGCCAUAAGCUUUCCUAAAGAGAUGGGUUUUAAGGCACUUCUUAAAAGAUGCAACACUAGGGUAGAGUCGGAUGGCGGUAGGCAGUCUAUUCCAUAGGAAGAGAGCCGCCUGCGAGAAGUCCUGCAAGCGCGAGUUGGCCGUACGGGUGCGGACAACGGACAGGAGGUGGUCACGGGCAGAGCGGAGAGACCGAGAAGGGACAUACCUGUGGAUCAGUGAGGAGAUAUAAGAGGGGCUAGAGUUGUUCAGUGCUUUAUAGGUGUGAGUUAGUGCCUUGAAUUGACUCCUAUAGCACACAGGAAGCCAAUGUAAGGACUGGCAGAGGGGUGAGGUGUGAGAGAACCGACUAGAGAGGAAAAUCAGUCUAGCAGCAGCAUUCAUUACAGACUGUAGGGGUGCAGUACGGCUUUUGGGAAGACCAAGCAGGAGAGGGUUACAAUAAUCCAUGCGUGAAAUUAUUAGAGCAUGGACAAGCUCCUUGGUAGUAUCUGGUGCAAGAAAGGGGCGGAUGCGGGCUAUGUUUUUAAGAUGGAAUCUACAGGAUUUGGCAACAUGCUGGAUGUGAGGCUCAAAGGUGAGACCAGAGUCAAGUAUGACGCCAAGACAGCGCGCUUGCAAGGAUGGGCUGAUGUUGGUACCACAAACUUGAAGGGAGAGCGAGAGAGGAGGAUCAGUAUUAGGAGGAGGAAAGACAAGGAGCUCAGUUUUUGAGAGAUUGAGUUUCAGAAAGCGGGAGGACAUCCAGUCAGAGAUGGAAGAAAGGCAAGCAGUGGCACGUUGCAGGACAGCAGGGGAGAGGUCCGGGGAGGAGAGAUAUAGCUGGGUGUCAUCAGCGUACAGGUGGUAGCAGAAACCAAAUGAGGUAAUAAGUUUGCCAAGAGAGGCAGUGUAAAGAGAAAAUAGAAGGGGACCAAGGACGGAGCUUUGGGGGACUCCAACCAAGACAGGGCGAGGGGAGGAGGUAUCAUUAGAAAAAGAGACACUGAAUGAGCGUUGGGAGAGAUAAGAGGAAAACCACGAGAGGACAGAGUCACAGAGACCAAGAGACCAUCUUGGGGAAAUAUUUGUAUAGCAACAUUAAGCAGUAAAAUUAUAAAUUUGUUUUUGUUUGUGAUCACGUAAAAAUAAUUGGACCCUGUGUGUUAGAAAUAGAAAAAUGUCAAGCUUACACGUAAAACCUUUCUAAAAUAAAAAAUUAAACAGAGGGUGGAGGCUGUAUGUUUGUAUGUAUAGAGAGAAAGCACUCAUAGGGCUACUUCAUGAAUGUAUUGCUGCAUUUAUUGAGAUACAAACCGUAUCGACAUUUCACUCCUACACUGGACUGUAAUCAGUAUGCUAAGAACAUGUGUAUGUUGUCCUCAUAAAGGAUGCUAAUUACAAACAAUGUGUGAGAAAGAGGUGGGGGGAGCGCUGAAACCCAGGACUUAAAAUGAGGGUGGAGAAAUUAGUAGAGUCGUGUACCAAGUGUAUUGGUUGCUGUAGCGAUCAAAGCAAGAGUCAAGUGAAUACAUGCUUAAGACAUAAUCUGGGGGCUUUCUCCCCCUUUCCCUUAACGUUUUAGAGUGUUGCUACCCCGUAUUUAAAUAUUAUUUUCUGGAAGCCCCCUUUUUUUUUUUUCCUUUGUCAAUAGUCAAGUGACUUACUAGUCAUGUCUUAAAAAGUUACUCGCUACUGCAAUCCUAAAAGUUACAUGCAACACUCAUCAAGGUAAAUUUCUAGUCACCAGAGGCCUUUACAUUUCUGCCCUUUAUAUGAAAUAAAAUAUUUACAAUGUUAAUUUUGAUACAAUUUAGUAAAUUUGCUGUUUUCUAUGCUGCUAACGGCACUGGUAACACCUAGCACAUACUCGGGAGAUUUAUCAAGGUGUUGUGAUCUGAAUAAUGGUAAAUGUAUGGCUAACACCAUGAAAGCAGUAAGCACAUACAUUGCACCAGGUUUCAGAGAACCACGCUAUGGAAAAUCUUCCCCCAUUAAUCACAUUGACUUGAAUCCCCCCGCAGCAAUCUAUUGAACUCCCCUCAAGUGGAACAACUACUAGGACACAGCAGAGUUCCAUUUUUAAAAGAUGACCGUGGUAUUUGGUGGCGAAUGGACCACUUUGUUACUAACAUAUUUCUAUUGCAGUUUUAUAUGGAUUUUAUCAGGUUUUUGUUGCAUUUUAAGAAAAUGUGAAUAUUUUAUUUUAAUAGCCUCCUUCACGAAACAGACGAGAGCGAGCCGAACUGCGGCCAGAUUUCUUUGAUUCUGCAGCCAUCAUUGAAGACGAUUCAGUAUGUAUCUUCUGUUAAAUACACCUGGUUACCUGUAAAACAGGUUGCUAUCUGUAGAAGGGGAGAGUUUGCUAGAAAUGAAGCAUAUAGUCUUAAAUAAUGCCUGUCAAGCAGUGCUGCAGAAAUGGAGAUUGUUCUUUAUUUGGGGCUUUUGGGACUCCAAAUGCAGGACAUCUAGUCCGUUUUGGAGUCUGAAAAUAAUUACUAUAAAACAAAAUUUGGCCUCAAUUUUUAUAGAAUAGAUAGUUUUUUUUUUUUUUUUUUUUUAAAGAUGCUUUCAAAUAUUAACUCAAAAUACAUUGUAUCACACUUUUCUCCCGUGAAUAUUGUGUAUAACUUUUUAUUUAACAUGAUAUGACAAGUCCUUGUGCCGUUAAACUCUCAGUUCCCACGUGAUGAAGCUAAUCAGGUUGAUUUGUUUUUGUGAACACAAGUUCACUCCUUCCAGGCAAAUCGGUUGGACUGGUUGCAUUUUUUUUUCUCUCCUAUCAUGAGAGAACUUGGCUGCAAAAUGCAUUUUAUCAUUGGAGUUGGGGUUACAAUCAGGGCUUUGACAAAUGUCCCUAAUUAAUUUUUUUCUCUGACUCCCCUAAUAUGCUGUAAAACUGUCAUAAACUAAACCAGCCACUUAUAGAAUACAUCCUCGUGACUAGUCAGUCCCACACACUGGCACAUGCAUAACUUCUAAAUUGUUGUAGCAAAUAGACCAAAACAGACUUACUCAGAAUAGUAUUUUUUUCUUACUUUUAUUUGAUCAAUGAUUUCUCAAAUUAUCCUUUUUCUUUAUGUGCAUGAGAGAAAUUAUUUGACACACUCACUCUUCUGCUGCUCCUAUUUGUCUGUGUUGAGUGAAAGGAGAUCAGGAGAUGCCACAUCGCGUCCCUGGUAUAAUUGUUGGAACUAGCCGUCUGUGCCCCUCUAGCACAGAAAUGGCUGGUUUCUGGGGGCCACUUGCUGUGCUGGAGAUGCUGUCUCCCUUGUAACUGACAUGCAUCCACGAGGUCCCAUUACUUUGUUGCCAUAGCAACCUGAAUUUAUCAACCACUUUUACAGUAACUUGUGUGAUGAGAUAAGUAUGUAUUAGGACAGGCAAUAACAACAACCUAAAAUGGUUUCUAAACCAAUUACAAUCCACUUAGAUGGCCGUUCUCUAAAAUGAGAAUUGCCAGGAAAUUUUCAAUUUAAGGCACGAAUAUCUGAACUGGAAGCACACCCUACCUGGGAAAAAAUGUUAUUUAAAAAAAAUUAAAACAUAUUCCUUUUUUUUUUUUUUUUUUUUAAAAGAUCGACCUUUAUAUAAAGGCGUGAUUUAGAUUUUGAACAAACCCCAUCUUGUUGGAGAUCUUAUGGGUAUUGUAACAGAGCCUGACAGCAUUUUUGUGAAUACAUUUACCAAACAAUACUUAUAGAAGGUUUAAUGCCAUGAUAGAUUCCGCAUGUCAUACUCUGUAAGAUCCAAGACCUUUGCUAUCUGAUUAUAGCUGUUAGUUAUUUCACAUUGAGAGGUGUAGCCCAUGUAGACCCAAAGUUAGGAUGGUAUAUUUAUUUUUACAAAUUCCUGAAAACUCAUGUUUUUGUGUUAUUUCUUUUCCAGGGAUUCGGGAUGCCAAUGUUCUGA